CUCAUUUAUGAAGUACUUGAAAAGCAGCAAACCCUGAUUUGUCUUAUUUCCAUGGGAGUGGUGUGAUAGGUUUGGUUGUGGCCAAUGUCUUCCCUUUGGCUCCUAAAUAUCUUGCUCCUCGUCCAGCCAGCUUUUCAGGUAUCAGGUAAGCUCUUCUUCACUUCCAUCACCAUUGUUACCUUAGCAAUAAGUGGAGCUGCAUCUUUCACAUAAUUUUAUCUGGUGAAAUUUAAAUCAUCUUCUGAAAGUUAAUGUUGUACAGCUAGGAAGUUAAAUCCAUGAAAUGUUAGAUUCAAGGUUAAUUGGUUUAACAUUUUUAUUGCUUAUAACCAUAAGAAAGGUGUGGAAGUCAUUACAAUAAAUUAAUGGCUAACAUAGUUUUGAAUACAAUUUAUUUAUUUGUGUUCUAUUGUUGAAAUAAAGAAUUUACUCCUUUCCCUAUAUAGAAGUUAGUCUUUUCCCUGUUACUUAUUUUUGCACGAUACAGAAAUAAAUUGUAAAUAUAAGAUAAAUAUUUUUUGAUCUAACAAUAUUACACAAGCAAUAUAUCCAACACCUGCAUUUACAUCAUAAAAAAGCAUCUGGUUUAUAUAUCAAGGGUAUCCUUUGCACUGACACAAAGCUAUUUGAUCUAGUGGAACCUUCCAUCAAUGGAAUAGGGAAAGUGGCAAUGUUUGCCAUUUCUCACUCCCCUUGCAUCUCCCUCCCACCCCCAUGUGCCAAAGAUCCCCCAAGAGUGUUGGGGUCCUCCCCAUUCAGCUAAUGGAGGGCUCCACUGGAUCAAUGAGCUUUCCUUCAGUGUGAAGGACAACACUGGUUACAGCCCUUUGGAGCCUCUUUCUCAUGAAGGGAAAUCACCAUAUUGUUAGCUAUACUUCAAUAGAAGAAUCAUUUUUUGAAGUGGCUGGAGUUCUUUAAUCAUGUAGAUGAUGGUCUAUUAACCUAUGUAGUUUUAUUUUCUAGAUAUGUUAGAUAACCAAUUGCUCAGUUCAUACUCCUUACUGUUGAUACCCGUUUUAAUGAAUCAAGGAUUAGUCAUGCUUUAUGUUUUUGUAUUAUAUUGCUUUUAGGGUUGUUGUUGUUUUUAUUUGUAAUUCACCUCUAGAUUAGUUUCUGGUGAAAAGGUGGUACAGAAAUUCUUUUAAUUAACUAAAGCAAUAAUAUAUCAGUUGUUCACCAUAUGUUUUCUUUUAUUAAAAGCAGAUGCCCCAAAACAUUUGUCACAGCCCAAAUACUCCACCAAAGCUGCUUUUAGCCAGUGGGUAAAUGAAAAUAUAUGGCACAAUACAAGGGUCAUAUGUUUUUCCCUGCACAGUUAAAUUGUUGGGGUUUCGGAUGGAAUUGGCAUCAGAGAGGAAAAGGAUCAACUCACUCUUCCCUAUCUGCACACCAAGUUGGCCCCAGCACUGUGGUUUAACAAAAUAGAAAGAUGUUAAGGGAACCAAUUUCAGAUCUCACACAUGCCUACUUUGUCCUUCAAACGUAUUAAAGAAAUAUAACAUAAAAAUAUUUCUGUUGGCAUGGCUGAGGGUUUUUAGAAGUUUUAUUUAUAAAGAUUUAAAAAAAAAAUAAAAAACCCUCACCAUGAAAAUGAAAUGUUGCUUAAAAAUAGAUACCAACAACAAUAGGUAAAGGUUAAACGGACCCCUGACCAUUAGGUCCAGUUGUGGCCAACUCUGGAGUAGCGGUGCUCAUCUCGCUUUAUUGGCUGAGGAAGCCAGCAAACAGCUUCCGGGUCAUGUGGCCAGCAUGACUAAGCCGCUUCUGGCGAACCAGAGCAGCGCACAAAAACACCAUUUACCUUCCUGCCAGAGCGGUACCUAUUUAUCUACUUGCACUUUGACGUGCUUUCGAACUGCUAGGUUGGCAGGAGCUGGGACUGAGCAAUGGGAGCUCACCCUCUCAGGGGGAUUCGAACCACCGACCUUCUGAUCGGCAAGUCCUAGGCUCUGUGGUUUAACCCACAGCGCCACCCACGUCUCUUGCCAACAACAAUAGCAUAGUAUUUAGAAUAAAAUAAACUGCCAACUAUAUCUGCCACAAAGAAUCAAAAUUAGUGACUUAUAAAUGGAAUAGGUUAUUGACCACUGAAAAAUAAGGCACUGUACUGGAUCAUGAAAAUAAAGUACAGUAUUAACAUGAAAGGCAUUUCUCCCUUUUCUAUGUCAAUAUUACUGCCUCUUAUUCUGAAUCCUGGUAUUACCAUUCUACCAGUGGUUGAGAUAUUGGAAAGUAUGUGGAACUUCCUCCCUAGUUUCCUAUUCUUCUUCCUCUCUUGAUUUUGCAGAUAGUGACAGCUUUCUGAUAUAUAAUGAAAACAUCAAGCUCUGUAUACAAUCUCAGAAAUCUGGUUCCAUCAUCCUGGUCAACUGCGAUGAGGAUAAUGAGUGGCAACAUUUCAAGUGGGUUUCCGACGACCAGGUUUUGAACAUGGCAGUGAAGUUAUGCCUGGCAGUGCCUUCCAAGUCAAACCUGGUUGCCCUCACCCUCUCUCCCUGCAAUGAGACCAGUGAACUUCAGAAAUGGGAAUGCAGAAAUGACAGCCUCCUUGCACUCGAACAGGGGGAUUUGUUUUUAAAUCCCGAAGGUGGCCGAAAAAGCCGUCUUAUACUUUCUAAAGUAGCCACCAGCAAGAGUACCUGGAAGAUCUAUGGAACGAAAGACAGCCUGUGCUCUAAGGCCUAUGAAGGUAAAAUUCAGAGAAUCUGUCCUCUUUCUCUAGAUGAUCAGAUGGUCAAGGCUGACAUAGACAUGGUGCUAACCACAUAACUUCAAAACAUAUCCAUAGAAAACCCAUCUUGUUGCAGUCAUGGGAGUCCAGUUUUCAUCAGGACCAGAGCAAAGGGAGAGCAGCUGUUUAGCCCUGUUUGUUGUAUUAUUUAUGAAAUAAAUGUCUCAGCCCAGCCUCUUUAUCUCUCUGACCAUCUCUUUCUAUAUCUCUCUAACACACACACACACACACACACACACACACACACUAGCAUCUUACUCCUUUCUUUAACAAAGUACAGUGGUACCUCGGGUUAAGUACUUAAUUCGUUCCGGAGGUCUGUUCUUAACCUGAAACUGUUCUUAACCUGAAGCACCACUUUAGCUAAUGGGGCCUCCUGCUGCCACCGCGUUGCCAGAGCACGAUUUCUGUUCUCAUCCUGAAGCAAAGUUCUUAACCCAAGGUACUAUUUCUGGGUUAGCGGAGUCUGUAACCUGAAGCGUAUGUAACCUGAAGCGUAUGUAACCCGAGGUACCACUGUAGUGAUAAUCUGCAUCCAGCCAAAUUCAAGUACUGUAAGAAAGCUUCCAUGUCAUAUUAGAAGUGGAUGGCUUUAUUUUUUGGUCUUGGAGGGCCCAACACUUGAAACACAAAAUACUGCUACCAGGACUGGGGUCUCUGGGCUGUAGACCUGGAGGUUCAAGGGUAGCGAUGGUGUGUGUGUGAAAUUCUAUUCAGUUUGCAUUUAAAGCUGAAUCCAGCACAUCUGAACUUUUGAAAAGCAAUACGAAAACUGAAACACAGCUACCCUUCAAAAUUCGCAGUUAUCUAAAUUUUUUUGAUAUUGUUCUCUGAGUAUUCACAAAAAGGGAUCUAAUAGGAAAGUGCAUUAAAAAAAGAAUAUAUUUGUGAAAAUAACAUACAAAAUGCAUUAUGUAAGGGAAAUUGCAAAAAAAAAAGUGCAUUAGUCAAAACUGCAUAUAAAAAAUGUGUGCAUUAGGAGAAAUUCAUACUAAAAUCACGGAGAAAUUUUAUGAGGAUUUUUUAAAAUAAAAAAUUGCUGAAUCUCUCCUUCCACAGUAGACAAAUGCACCCUUUCCAAUAGAUGUUUAAAUGAUGUUUUGAAACUGUAUGAAUUACUGGGGUCGGGGGACAUGCAAGGAUAGAAAUAUAGCCUAACAGUAUCAGUUCAAUUUCCACUAGUGCCAUUUGCCUGAGCAGGAAAUGCUUUCACUUCCUUUGCAUUGCAACAAGGGGCCAGAUUUACCAACACUGGGUGGUUGGUGGCUUUCUGUUUAUUUUGCAACUCUACUCCUGUGUAGAAAUUUCAUGAUGGGCACCAGAGUUUAAGUAUGCAUAGCAUGCAGCCUACUUCAAAAAGUCUUAGGAAGACAGCAAGAUACUUUGUACCAUGUCAAAACUUUGGCUCAUCCACAUCGUAUUGUCAGCAGCUCUCCAGGGUUUCAUUUAGAAGUCUUUCCCAACCUUUCCUGGGGAUACCAGGGACUAAUGAUCCACUCCAAUUAAAAGGGAAGUUGCACGUGUGCAUUCAUGCAACAGAAUGAAUGUUCAAAACCUAGUUAAUGUCAACGGGGAAGCCUGUCUACACAGAAAGUCAACAUAUGCAUCUGAGUAUAUCUGGCAUUCUGUGUUGAGGACUUUGUCUUCAUCUCUUCUGCUUACCAACUUCUGUUCUUACAACAGAUCAAAAUUAUUUCAUCAUUGCAUCUAUUCAAUUUUCUUUUAGCUCUGUAUACCUUAGAAGGCAAUUCUUUUGGAGCCCCCUGUAUGUUUCCAUUCAAGUAUCGGAAUGAAUUGUAUGCUCAGUGCAUAAGAGACAAUGAUGAACAUGGGCGACUUUGGUGCGGAACAACUGCAGACGUGGAUAGAGACUCUUUAACCGGAUAUUGUCCAGUGAAAGGUAAACAAAAAGGGUUUGUUUGAGCCUUUGGCAUUGUGCAUUUGUUGCUUAGAGGAAUGUUCGUCUUAACAAAGAGAAAAGAGAACUAGUCGUUAUUAUAUCUGUUCUACAGGUUGUACAACUUAGAAGAAAAUGGGGAGAGGGAUCUUUCUCCUGUGAAUCAGAGCAAAAUGAAUUGUCAGUAAUGUCAGGGUCCCCUUACAGGAUCAGGCUCACACUUCUUCAAUUGAAAGAAACAGAUGUCAAGCCAAAAGCAAGGUCCACAGUAGAGUUGGCAAACUGCUGUAUGCAGGGUACAGCCAGUUUUCCUCUGGCCCUCUCAUCUCCUUUGAGCCAAUCAGCUGUUCAGUGGGGAGCAGCUUAGAUGGAAAAAGAUUUUGAUAUUCUCCAAAGUGUGCAAUUGCAGGUCUUUCCCCUGCUGCAAGAAGAUCAAAGCAGAGGGAGAAAUGUCUUGGCAGACUUCUGUCCCUUGCAAAUAGGCUUUUGAAUUUUUUUCAGUUGCAUACUUGCAAUUUUCAGGAUGCACUUACACCUUGGCAUUUGACACACUGAAUAGGCAUAAGGCAGCGCUUGUAGUUUACCUGCACAUUGACCUUCUUUGUAUUGUUUUCAUGGGAUUACUGCACAGCUGCCAACAGAGAAGAGGUCAGAUUUUGGGGAGUCAGCUGGGGCUCUAGACUCUUAGCUUUAAUUUUUAAAAGAUGGAAGCCAGUUGGACAGAGGUGACUAAAGACUCUUUAAGCAGACAUUGUCCAGUAAAAGGUAAAACCAAGUUUGUUUAUUUAUAAUUCACAGUUUUAAUUUAAAAAAAAAAUCACGGGGAGUACAACAUAUAAGAAUAUGCCAGGCCCUUACUUUGCCAUCAUGUAUGAGCUGCUUAGAGGAAUGUUUCUCCUACACAGAAAAAGGGAAAUAGUCAUUAUUGCCUCUGUUUUACUGAUUGUGCAACAUAAGCAGAAGAGGGUGGGGGUGGGGGGAACUUUCCCCUAAGAGUGAGAGUAAAAUAAAUAUAAAGAAUGCCAGAGCUCCAUACAGGAUUAGGUCUGCACUUCUUAACUUGAAAGGGACUGAGAUGAUGAUGUAGUUCAGUUCAAGACAAAAUCAAGGUCUAGAGCAGAAGUGGGGCAGCCAGAUUCCAUUUGUCCCUUGGUCUUCUCCCAACCCUCAGUUGUUCAGUGGGGAACAGCUGAAAGAGUUUUGAUGUUGUAUGAACCAUGCAGCUGCAGAUCCUUUCUCUUAGGUAAGAAGACCAAAGCAAAGAGGGAACCAGAAGGUACAAUUUGAGUAGAGCUACUAAAAUGAAAUAUUUGCCUUUGUUUCUGUGUGGAACAAUGGUCUCUGUGUGUGAUGGUGUGUUAAAGAUAAGUGUGUCUGGUCCUUCCUGUUUUGGGAUCUGGCCAGUGGUGACUCAUGCAGUGGGUGGGGUAGAGUUGUAUAUACAUCCAUGCAUUAGGUGUGAAUGUCUACAGGGAUAAAGCCAACUCAUGUAAACUAACCUGAAACCUGAAGUCCUCUUUGCACACAGGGUUCCAGGAAGCGUAAAUAGAAAUUGAUGUGGUUAGGUUGCUGCGCCUGAAGAUAUCCCCACCUAAUGCUUGAAUAUUGCAAAUGGGGCUUCGGAAGCCACAUUAUUAUGGAGGGAGGCCCAGGGUGCUGCUCUAUAUGAUUGGGUAUCCUCUGGAAAAGUGGUGUCUUGAUCAAUCAGGUUUAUCUCACUUGCAGAUUUAGCUUUGCCAUUUGUGAUUUUAUAAUUUGACACUAGUGUUAACAAUGCUUACAGAUGAUGAAUUCUUCUGGACCAAAAACCAUUGGACAGGGAAUCUCUACCAGAUCAAUUCCCGCUCAGCUCUAACAUGGUACCAAGCAAGAAAAAGUUGCCGGCAACAGAAUGCAGAUUUACUGAGCAUCACCAGUUUACAUGAACAGGCGUACCUGACAGGUAGAACAUAAUAAAGCACACCUAAAGAAGUGAUCAGUUCUAAUAAUAUUUUGCUACAUAAUCAAUAUUGUCUCAACUAUAGGGAGCAAUUUCAUAAACAUAAUAUAAUAAGUACCCUUACUCCCAGCAGAAUUAAUUUGAAUGUCAUCCAUUUCAAAUGAUCCCACUGCAGAUUAUUCUUUGCAUUCAUGAUUACCAGAUCUCCUAGCAGGUCCUCUGUGUCUUUGACAACAGUAGAAGCAGAAAUUAAUUGAUUAAAUCUAAUGAAGCAUAGCAUCGGCAUACUAGAUGAAAUGUUUCAUCAUAUUAAUUUCUGCUUAAAAUUUAGCUAUACUGGAAUAAAAGCUGCCAUCCUAGAAGCGAUUUUUGUUGUGGUUUAAUUUUGCUUCCUUCCACCCAGCUUCAUAAUUAUGGAUCCCAUAGCUACAUAAUACAAGACAACUGAUUUUCUUUUCAUUGAAUAGGAUUAAUAAAUAGUAUGACUGCUGCCUACUGGAUUGGUCUGAUCAGCUUUGAUGCUGAGAGUGGAUGGCAGUGGAUUGGUGAUCGUCCUUUCAGAUAUUUAAACUGGGCUCCAGGUAAGUGAAUCGUAAUAUAUAUAUUAUUCUAUCUGAAUCGUAGCAUGAGGCACAUCUGCCUGCUCGGAGCAAGCCACCCUCCCGGAAGGGAGUAGUGUAACUGUCAAAAGGAAGGUUAGAGGUUGGGCGCGCGUGCCAAGUUCAAAUGUGGAGGCGCGCGGAAGUACAGGGAGCCCGGAGGAGGAGCCAGGUCCCAAAGCCCGCAGGAGGGGGGAAGAGCAAUCUGGGGAUUCCGCGUCAGGGGAAUCCAGGAGGGGCGAAACCCCAGCGGGCAGGAAGACCCUGCGGAAAAGGAAAGAGAGGAAGAGGUGGAGCAGCGCAAGCCUCUUAAACUGGUGCAGGGGAGGGACUGACUCAGAGGGGACUUCAACGGUCUAAAGCGUAACAGACGUGGGGCUGCGCGCCUCGGAUGUGAAGCAAACAAUGAACUCCAAUAAACACUUUUGUAUAUAAGAAGAAAUUGGCGUUGGUCUUUUGUGAGCUGAGACCUGAGGCAGCCCUGACAUAUAUAUAUAUUAUUUCUCCCGUGUUUUAGUGUUUUGUCCCUGUAGUUUCUUGUAUAGAUAUUCCAAGAAUACUAUUUUCUCUUGAGAUAUAAAUACUUCUGCAAACAGGAAAACAAAUAACAUGCAUUUCUAUUUAAAACAUUACGAAUUACUUUUUAGCAGUGCUCCUAAAAAUGCAGAGCCUCCAAAUGAAUGAUAAAUACAGUGUUGCUAUGUUAACACAGGGCAUAGAUAAUGAUUGUUUCUCUCACUCUUUCUUAAAGGGAGCCCAUCCCCAGAAACAGAAAAAUUAUGUGGAUCAAUGCUGUCUAAGAAUGGCAAUUGGGAGAAUGAUAAGUGCCACCAGAAACUUGGAUACAUUUGCAAGAAAGAAAACUCUUCAUUAGAUGUUUCUUUUAUUCCUUCAGGUAGGAUGCUAACCUGGGAAUGAAGUUCACAUAUAUUUCAUUAUGUCAUAAGUUGUGGAGUUUGCCAAUGGCAAUAUUACAUUUUUUAAAAUCUUAUCUCUAGCAGUGGAGGUUUUGCUGUUUGUAGCAGUAUAUGCAAUAUAGAACACUUUAUUGAUGUCCGGUGGCAAAGGAACCAACUGCCACGGCAGGUUGCCAGGAACAGAUAAGACAAGAAAAAGUCAUUACCAUCUGCUUUUUCAUUCAAUAUUCACAGAGAGAGGCUUGGGAAUGCAGCCUCUUGGAAUAAUGACGUUGUCCCGAGUAAAUCUCCACCCCUCCUUCGCUCCCACUUCCUCAUUCAUCAACAGCACCACCACCCCUACGGUAGCUGCUUAGGGUCAUUUGUCUUCAAGCUCUUUGCUCUCCUACUUUUAAGGCUCGCCGGGUUCUGGGAGAUGGAGGAUGUGGAAUGCUUUCUAAUGACAAUGUGUCAGCCAGCUGCUGCUCCGGCUCUGCCUCCUCCUCCUCUUCCAUUUUUCCCCAACUUUCCCCCUCAUCUGCCUCUGAGCUGCGGCCUCCCUCAAACCCCUGUUGUAAUUCUGAACUGUCUUCUUCUCUAGAAGGGUCAGGCUGGGGAAGCGGUCUCCACUGUUCCUCCUCUGCCCAGUCCCUGACAAUUGGACUGAGAUGCCAGAGGAUAUAUUGUCAUUAGCUAAGAAUAAGUUAUCAACUGUAUUAUUAAACUUAACAGGUAGCAUUCCCAUCUGUUGUUGCCAUUACACAGCAAAUCCCACAUUCCCAUAGGUGAAAUAAAUGUAUUUGAAUACAAUAAUUGUUGGUAAUUCUAUUGACAAUAAUAUCCUCAUGGUAAAGAACUGGCUACUCUGUCUUGUUAAUAUUGAUUGUCAGAUUUGCCUCUGAUAUAUUUUAUAUACACAAAUUAAGGAAUUGAGAUUAUGACAUCCUAAUAGCAUAACACACUUUCUUCUUUUAAAAAAUCCUCCAGUCAUGCUAUCUUAAAUUUGAUCUCUUUUUAGAUGGCUUGAAACCAAUUAAAUGUCCAGAUGGCUGGGCUGCAUUUGCAGGUCACUGUUACAGCCUUAAAAGAGACCUUAAAACAUGGAAGAACGCGUUAUGGUCCUGCAGAGAAGAAGAUGGAGAUUUAAUAAGUAUUCACAGCAUUGAAGAAUACAGCUUUGUCAUAUCUCAGCUUGGCUACCGUAAGUAUAUCUAGAAAGUUUGGUCCUUCUGGUAUCUGCUAAAUAUGUGAGAUUAAGAGAGAGAGUUUUUUGUUUUGCAUUUUUGUUACCACGUGCAAGAAGGGAAUGUUACUGAGUCUCCCACCCUGGGGGGAGGGGGAAGCACCAGUAUGCUGUAUUGAACAUGAGACCCAAAUGUGAGAUGUGGCACUAUUACAGCCUUCAACAAACUUCACCAAACCUAGGCCUCCAGCUGUUUCUGGACUACAACUUCCAUCAUCCCUUGUUGUUGUUGUUUAGUCGUUUAGUUGUGUCUGACUCUUUGCGACCCCAUGGACCAGAGCACGCCAGGCACUCCUAUCUUCCACUGCCUCCCGUAGUUUGAUCAAACUCAUGCUGGUAGCUUCGAGAACACUAUCCAACAAUCUCGUCCUCUGUAAUCCCCUUCUCCUUGUGCCCUCCAUCUUUCCCAACAUCAGGGUCUUUUCCAGGGAGUCUUCUCUUCUCAUGAGGUGGCCAAAGUAUUGGAUCCUCAGCUUCACGAUCUGUCCUUCCAGUAAGCACUCAGGGCUGAUUUCUUUCAGAAUGGAUAGGUUUGAUGUUCUUGCAGUCCAUGGGACUCUCAAGAGUUUCCUCCAGCAUCAUAAUUCAAAAGCAUCAAUUCUUCGGCGAUCAGCUUUCUUUAUCCCUAGUUGUAUACAAAUUUAAUAAUAAUAGGAUCCUGUGAAACACCUGGGUUUAUUGCAAUUAAAGUUUGUGAGCAAAUAAACAAGAUGCAUUUGUGUUCUUAGAGUCAACAGAUCUUCUCUGGAUAGGACUGAAUGACCAGAAGAUUCUGAAGUAUUAUGAAUGGAGUGAUGGUUCUACAGUGAGACUCACCAAGUGGCAGAAAGGAAAACCCGCACACAUAAAUGAUGAGCAAAGUGCCUGUGUCAUUAUGAAUGGGGAGGUAAAAAACACGGAACCCCCAACAAAGAUGUAUUUCCUUGGAUUCAGUUUUGUGUGAAAGAUCAAAUACAUCCAGGUCCUGCUUUCCGAACACAAUGCGUUCCCAGGAAUUUGUUAGACGAGCAUUCACAUAACAAGUUGACAAUUUACAUCAUUUCUUAUGGGAAUAUUUUUAAUCUGUCCAAUCACUCUCCUCCCUCCCUCCACGGUUUCUUCCUGAAAUGGCUGCAGCCAACCAGGAAAAGAGAUGCAAAGGGGGGGGGGACUGAUUUGUCUGCUCUCUCCUGCUCCCUGAUUUGUCCGAUCUCUCUCCCUCCCUGCAUGGUUUCUGCCCAAAAAAGGUUGUCACCGACCACAAAUGCACAAACAAGUAAGGAGGGAGAAGAUUUUGGCUGCUUGGAUUUCUGAAUCUGCGGUGGGCAUAGCAAGGUCUAGGUACUAAUUCUUCAUUUCUGAUAACAAAAUUUGUGGAUAACAAGCGUUCUGAUAGCAGGACCUGUGUGUAUAGUGGUGCACCUGGUGCACCUUCACAACCCCAGUCUGUCCUACUGUCCCAGUAAGCGGCAGUGCUGGUGUCAGGAGGGCAUCUCCACAUGACACCCUUCCCCAUACCAACUGCUCUUGUUGAGAGCUAAUUGUAUGUUACAAGGAGGCAGCAAUUUCCAUUCUAUCUCAUGUUAGUCACAAUCAGCGCUGUUUCUCUUCUGCUACAUGUAGAACCAUCUUCUUGAGAAUGUCACCUUUAUUCUUUUGAUUUUUGUUUUUAAAAGAGGAAGCGUUUCACAGAUAUGAUUGUGCCAGUACUUAGGUGGGAAUUGCUUGUUGAAAUAUCAGAAGCCAAACAUGUGGCUGGAUAAACUUCCACUCAUUGGUGGUUAUGCUCCAGCGCAAUGUUUUCAGAAUUUAUUAUUAAUAUUAAUAUUAAUAUUAUAUCCUACCCUUUUCCCUGAUAGGGGCUCAAGGCACCUCACAGCUAGAUAUAGUACAACUAGUCAAUGCUUUUUAAGGACAAGAUAAUGCAAUAGAAAGCUUUGUAUCAACACAAAAGACAUCAAGCAUCAAGAAAAUGAGGAAGUGUAUACUUCUUCACUGAAAUGUUUAUUUCUUUAUUUUUCCAUUUCCAGAGUGGAUAUUGGGCAGAUUAUUUCUGUGAAGAGGAACUUGGCUUCAUAUGUAAAAGAGAACCGUUGGGAUUUCUUCCUGAAGAACCUGAAAAUGUUGAUCCAAAUUGCAAGAAAGUAAGUUUAAAGUAAACUGUACAGUAGUUUAACAAAUGAAAGAAGGUUGAUAAAUAAAAGAUUAGGAAGAGAAUUUUUAACAUCGGACAAAAUUAUGAAAAGAGGAGUAUUGUAUAUAAAAAACAAAUAUGACCCACAGCAGAUCUUCAUGGAAGAGGAGGGAAGAGUGAUAGCUGUACAGUUAAAGUUGCAAGGCAAAAUAAAUAAAUAAUUGUGGGGAUAUAUGCCCCAAAUGAGAGGAAAUCGGAAUUUUACAAAUCUUUGGAGGAAAAAUUAUUUGAUUAUAUGGAUCAGAAAAUAAUAGUAAUGGGGGAUAUGAAUGGGGUGGUUUCCCUUGAAAUGGGCAGAACAAUAAGGAAAAGGAAUACUCAAAAGAAGGGAAACUCCCAAUGGCUUUUUUUAAGUUGAUGGAAAGCUUGAACCUAAUAGACAUUUGGAGAUUCAACUAUCGAUUAGAAAGACAGCACACUUUUUUCUCUGAGCCAAAUCAAUCUGCCGGAAGAAUAGACUCCAGUGAACUGACAAUAAGAGUGGGGAACGUGAAGAUAUUGCCAAGGACUCUCUCAGAUCAUAAUGCAAUAUUAUUGGAUUUGAGAAGUGAAGGGAAUUCAACAUUUAGAUGGAAAUUGAAUGAAGGCCUAUUAGAUAAUCAAAUGAUUCUACAAAAAGCCCAAAAAACUAUAAAAGGUUAUUUUGAAUUAAAUUUGAAUAAGGAAACUGAUAUAAAUAUGGUGUGGGAGACUAGUAAAGCAGUAAUGAAAGGUUUCUUUAUACAACACAAUACGUUUCAGAAAAAGUUAAGGGAGAAGAAAAAGAUACUUGACGAACUCAUUAAAAAUGAAAAAGAGUUAACUAAGAAACCUGGAAAUACAUUGAUAAAACAAAAUAUUAAGAUGCUGCGAACCCAAUUUUCAACAUUAAUUAAUUAAGUAGUAGAAUGGAAAAUAAAAUAUAUAAAACAAACAAAAAUUGAAUUUGCAAAUAAACCAGGAAAGCUUUUGGCAUGGCAAUUGGAAAAAAACAAGACCAAAAUAUAAUCAAUAAGAUAAAAGUAGAGGAGAAAUUAAUAGAUAACCCAAAAGAAAUUAGAAAAAAAUUCUUAAAAUUUUAUAGAGACUUAUAUAAAGCUGGAAAAGAGGAUUUAGAAAAAAUGGAGGACUAUUUAAGGCAGAAUAAUUUACCAAAAAUUCCGAAAGAACAGAAAGAUCAGUUAAAUGCACCAAUAACAAUGAUAAACUAACCUAACAGUAUGGUCUUUUCUAUGCUAAAUGGGAAAGAAAGGGAAGCUUUGCAAACGAUUUAAAAGGGGGAUAUUUUAAAGGUCUAAUAGGUUGCAUUUCCACACAUUACUUUGCUGCAUGUUUUCUUUUUUUAAACCUCUGUUUGUAUUACGCCCAAACUUGUAAUACUGUAGUAACAUGUGGUUGUUGGUUCUUCUAUAUGAACAGGGCUGGAAAAGGCAUGGUUCCUAUUGUUACUUAAUUAGCCAAACAUCUGCAACGUUUUCAAAAGCAAAUACAUUCUGUGAAACAAAUAAGGGAUCACUGGCUUCUGUGGAGAACAGGUAAAGGGAAGCCCAUGGGUUUGUUGUUCAGAGGGCAUGUUUUAGUCUAUUCUCCCCCUUGUUGGGCAUGAAAGAGAGAAAAAAAUGACUUUCCUGUGACUAUGGGCUGUUUCCAACUAAAGUUUACUCAGAGUAAACCUUCUGAAAUUAAUUGACAUAUGUUAUCCAUGCUCAUUAAUUUCAGUGGGUCUACUUUACUCUGAAUAGGACUAACAACUUUUUUCUGUUUCUGUGAAUGAAAGGUGCAAUGCCUUUAUUUUAAGAUGUUAAAUUCUUUGGCCACAUAACAAAUAUUAAGAUUUGACCUGCAGCAUGCGACUAAGCUACUUUCUUGAAUGAGCGGCUCCUCUCAUUUCUUGUGAAUUUCCUAUCUGAUUUGCAAUCUGUGGCUUGCCUCACUUUCCUGAAACAUCUGCACUACAUAGAAUCAUAGAAUCAUAGAGUUGGAAGAGACCACAAGGGCCAUCGAGUCCAACCCCCUGCCAAGCAGGAAACACCAUCAGAGCACUCCUGACAUAUGGUUGUUAAGCCUCUGCUUAAAGACCUCCAAAGAAGGAGACUCCACCACACUCCUUGGCAGCAAAUUCCACUGUCAAACAGCUCUCACUGUCAGGAAGUUCUUCCUAAUGUUUAGGUGGAAUCUUCUUUCUUGUAGUUUGGAUCCAUUGCUCCGUGUCCGCUUCUCUGGAGCAGCAGAAAACAACCUUUCUCCCUCCUCUAUAUGACAUCCUUUUAUAUAUUUGAACAUGGCUAUCAUAUCACCCCUUAACCUCCUCUUCUCCAGGCUACAUGGAUCUUGCAGUCUUUCCGACAGAUUUAAUCAUUGUCUCAGUCUGUGUUUUUCUGUCUAAAGUGAGUGAAUGUUUUCUAGAAUUCCUUCUAAGAUCCUUAAUGCUAUGCUGUAUGUGGCCACUUGUGGCCUAAUGUGCAGUCUGGGCUGAGAUUCUUCUGUUUCACAGUUUCUUUCUCGGGAUGCCAUUGUAGUUUUUGUUUUGUACUUGUGAAAGAGUUGUAGUCUGAAUUUUGCUGAUAAAUGCAACAUGCAGAUGUAUUGCUUUGUGAUAGUGGACCUGUAGGCUUAAGAUUUUCCAUUUUUUCACUGUGAGCUAUCUCUUGUCAUUCCAAAAUGUGCAUUUUGACUGGAUGAGAGCUAGCCUGUUUUAAAAUGUAGGAAAUUAAUAAUCAUUUGAAUGCAUCAAUUACACAUCGUUCCAGUGUGGUGUAGUGGUUAAGAGCAGUGGACUCGUAAUCUGGUGAACCGGGUUCUCAUCCCCGCUUCUCAGCUGCUGGGUGACCUUGGCUAGUCACACUUCUCUGAAGUCUCUCAGCCUCACUCACCUCAAAGAGUGUUUGUUGUGGGGGAGGAAGGGAAAAGGAGAUUGUUAGCCGCUUUGAGACUCCUUAGGGUAGUGAUAAAGCUGGGUAUCAAAUCCAAACUACUAUUCUUCUCUUCUUCUUCCCUACAGAUAUGAACAGGCCUACCUGACUAGUCUAGUUGGGCUUCGUUCUGAAAAAUAUUUCUGGAUUGGCCUUUCAGAUGUACAGCAACGAGGGACAUUCAAAUGGAUCAAUAGAGACAAUGUUCUGUUCACCAACUGGAAUUCAGGAAUGCCUGGUAGGUACUGCCUGAAGUCUAUCAGGAAUGUUUUGAUGGCAAGGGAAAAAAUAGAUAUACAGUCAUACCUCAGUUUUCAAACGUAAUGGGUUCUGGAAGACCGUUCGAGUUCCAAAACGUUCGAAAACCAAGGUGCAAAGGGCAGUCUGCCAAUUUUAAUAGAGAAAAUUGAGAAAAAUAACUCAGCGAAAGCUGCUUGACUUCCAAGGCGUGUUAAAAAAUGGAAGCAUUUACUUCCGGGUUUACGGCGUUUGAAAACCGAAACGUUUGUCAACAGAGAGGUUCAAAAACCGAGGUACCGCUGUAUAAGAAGGAAAAUUCCUGGGUGCCAUGAUGCAAGUUGGGUGCAAGUACUCUUUGGUGAGAGAACCACAGCAAAGAUUUAAUAUACAUACAGUGGUACCUCAGAAGUCGAACAUAAUCUGUUCUGUAAGGACGUUUGACUUUGCUCGACUUCCAAGGUGCAGCUUCUGAUUGGUACUUGCAGACAGCAGAAGCCACAUUGGACGUUUGGCUUCUGAGGAACGUUCAAAAACCAGAACACUUACUUCCAGGUUUUUGUCGUUCAGGAGCCCAAACUUUAGGCAAUGGAGCCGUUCAACUUCUGAGGUACCACUGUAUAUAUUCAGCUACGUAACUCAUUGAAAUGUGCUUUUCCAUGCAGCAUCCAGAAAAGCUUGCACAGGCAGCAAAACUUGGCUUAGUUCCAAAGUGUUGUAAGCGCCUAUGUUAUUGGAACAGGAGCUCAAGAGAGGCUUGUUAGAGUUAUGUGGUCUGAACUUGGAGCAACCAGCUUAGCCCUCCUCACACACUGAGCUUCUCAGAUAGACUGAAGGAAAACAAAUGCUUGAUUACCUAGUCCAGUGGUAGUCAAGCUUUUUAUACCUACCGCCCACUAAUGCAUUUUUCAAAUUUCCUUACCGCCCACCAGUGCUGCAGUAACAUGGGGUGUGAUCCACCUGGAAUCCUGAAAUGCCCACUAGUGGGUGGUAGGGACCAGGUUGAUGUUAGGUACUGAAGUUCUCACCCUGGGCCAGCAGGGGGAUACUGUAGAUAGUUUUCACUCAGGUCUACAUAUGCAAAUAAGGAAUUGAAAGUGACCUUCAGUGAUUGGAUAGUUAUAGAAAGUUGUUACUGUUGCAUUGUAGUGGAGCUCUAUAUAAGCAGGCUGGCUGAACCCUUCAGUUCAGUUCUGUUCUGGGCCUGUGAAUAAACAAGAGCUGUUUGAAGAAUCACUGUGUCGUCUGAUAUGUUCACCACAACUUAACAGUUGACUAUCCCUGACCUAGUCCCUCCAAGGUGAGCUAAGCCUGGCAGGACAGCUUACUCUUUGGUCUUAACCCCCUCAUCCAUUAUUUAGACUUAAGCAGGUUAUAUGAGGUGGGCUAUCCAACAGAAUCAUAUUUUACAAAACCUUUCUCUAGCUGUUUUGAGUGUCUAUGAAGGACAAGCUCAAUUGAAUUGGCUCUUGUCUUGAGUCUCCAGAAGGGCAACAAUCUGGCUGUGUAGCCAUGAGAACUGGGACUGCAGCUGGACUGUGGGAUGUUGUGAACUGUGAGGAGACGGCAGCCUUCAUCUGCAAACAAUGGGCAGAAACUAUGACAACAACUCCUGCCCCAUCAACAAUUCCCCCACCCCCAUGCCCAGAAGGAUGGCUUCAAAGCCCUUACAGAAGUGUGUGCUUUAAAGUGGGUAUACUGCUUCUUGAAUCCAAGUUCUUGUUUGUUUCAAUAUCAAAGCAAAGAGAGAAAUUACUUUUGUCUAAGUGAACCUUUUGAGAUAUUUGAGGAUGUGAUUUUUAGUUUUCAGUUUAACUGCUUGGUGCAGGAUUUUGUUGUUAUUCUUUUUUAAGUGGGUUUUAGUUCAAUGUUUUGUACUGUGGUUUAUUUGAAGUGUCAAUAUUCAAUUGCCUUUUAAAUGUUCCUCCACACAGGGCACCAAGCCAAAGUAGGGGUGCCACUGCAGGGUGUUUCAAUUAUGAUGUAGUACACACACGGGUGGCGCUGUGCUCUAAACCACUGAGUCUCUUGGGCUUGCCGAUCAGAAGGUCGGUGGUUCAAAUCCCCAUGACAGAGUGAGCUCCCUUUGCUGUGUCCCAGCUCCUGCCAACCUAGCAGUUCGAAAGCACGCCAGUGCAAGUAGAUAAAUAGGUACCACUGCAGAAGGAAGGUAAAUGGUGUUUCUGCGGGCUCUGGUUUCCGUCACAGUGUUUCAUUGCACCAGAGGCGGUUUAGUCAUGCUGGCCACAUGACCCGGAAAGCUGUCUGUGGACAAAUGCCUGCUCCCUCAGCUUGAAAGUGAGAUGAGCACCGCAUCCCCAUAGUCGCCUUUGACUGGACAUUACCAUCCAGGGGUCCUUUAGCUUUUCUCUCUUUUUUAGUGCAUGUGCAGAACAGAAAGCAAGAGUCGGGGGGGGCACUGAAUUGUGUCCUUGCAGAGGGUGCCACUGAAAUUUGAAAGUCCAAAGUCCACCCCUGUCUCCAGAUAGGGAUGGGAGGGGACACUUCCUGAACUCGCAUUUUGUCAACAUUGAUCAAAGUUGUUCAGUAAGACCAGAUACCAAACUGCCCCCCUGAAAGACACCCCCACAUUGAUAGUAACACAGUAGGUGCCUUUACUAGAGUCUGAAGAUCCAGGGAGUCCAGUCUACCUGCAACUCUAUCACCAAGAGGGUGGAAAUGAGGCUUAAUUAUGCUUGAAGAUAUUUAUAUUGUAUCUAGGGUCCAAAUCUUGUGAGAUUUGCUGGAGACUAUCAGAAAUGGUGCUCAAGCAGAAGAAGUAACAUUCGUUGUUGUCAUCGUUUUAUUGUUUGUAGCCCACCCAUCUGACUAGGCGGUGCAACUCUGGGCAGCUUUCAACAUUUUAGAUAUGUUGAUCUUUACACAUUAAAAAGCUUCCUCCUCUACAGGGAACUUUGUAACCAGUGAGUUGCUGAGCCAUACCCUUCUAUAGAAGAGAAAAAGACUGUGCUUGUGCAGUUAAAAUAGGACUUGCAGAUGGGAAGAUAAGAUUUGUGCUUCCUAAUCUGACCAGCUGUUUCAGGUACUGCCAGUCCUGGACUUCCUUGUGCAAAGGCAGGUAGAAGAGACAGCUGGUGGAAAGGACAAAACAUAGGAGGAAAGUUCUAAUGAGCAUCGGUGGGAGUUUCCCACCCAAAUCUAUUUAUUUAUUUAUUUAAAAAUUGUGCAGAUUAAUCACAUACUUUUAUGCCAUGUCUGCUUUGGCCCUCAGUUACCAUUGUUACAUAUCAAAUAGGGGUUCGUGCAAACCAUGCAGAUCUCACUGUGAAUGGAAUUUGCAAGAUUCUUACCAAUAUGCAAUUGUAUUUAUAUCCAUUUAGGCCUAUACAAAUAACAUGCUAACUUGGUUUGAAGCACGUGAUUUUUGUAGAGCAAUUGGAGGAGACCUAGCUUCUGCUAACAGAGAAGAAAAGUCGGGUUUGCACCAUCAGUGAGUUUUAUGAAAUGUUUAUUUCUUCACAUUGUCUCAGAAUCAAAAACUGUUCUGGUUACGGAUGGGGAAGACAUUGUAUUCGGCUUGCAUUUCCAUGUGAAUCUCCCAAACACCCGUCUCAUUUGAAAUUCACACACUAAAAUGUCCUUCCUCUCUGUUACACACACUAACUAUACUGAAAAAAACAGGUGGCCCUUUAUCAAAAAGAGGGGAAAGAAUCUACCUCAUGCCACGCAGCUCUGAGAAUCACCAGUUGACUUCUGUGAAAUAUGUGCACUAGGUAGACUGAAAUAUGUACUGAGGUGUUUUGGGCUCAGACCCAACUUCUGCUUUUUAACUCAGUGGCUUUGGGAACUUGUUUGUCCAUUGUGACUAUCCAUGCCCCCAUGUCAGACAUUUCGGUAUAGUGCUGAUAAUAGGAUGGUAUAUUUUUUUUAAGGUUCAAAUGUGCCCAUCAACCAACCAAAAAGGAGGUAGGGGUCAGGGUUUAUAAUGUAGUCACCUGGAAAGAUUUAGAAUAAAUAAUAAUAAUAAUUUAAUUUAUUAUUUAUACCCCGCCCAUCUGGCUGAGUUUCCCCAGCCACUCUGGGUGGCUCCCAAUCAAAUGUUAAAAACAGUACAGCAUUAAAUAUUAAAAACUUCCCUAAAUAGGGCUGCCUUCAGAUGUCUUUUAAAGAUAGGAUAGCUGCUUAUUUCCUUCACAUCUGAAGGGAGGGUGUUCCAGAGGGUGGGCGCCACUACCGAGAAGGCCCUCUGCCUGGUUCCCUGUAACUUGACUUCUUGCAGUGAGGGAACCGCCAGAAGGCCCUCGGCGCUGGACCUCAGUGUCCGGGCUGAAUCAUGGGGGUGAAGAUGCUCCUUCAGGUAUACAGGACCGAGGCCGUUUAGGGCUUUAAAGGUCAGCGCCAACACUUCGAAUUGUGCUCAGAAACGUACUGGGAGCCAAUGCAGAUCUCUCAGGACCGGAGUUAUGUGGUCCCGGCAGCCACUCCCAGUCAACAGUCUGGCUGCUGCAUUCUGGAUUAAUUGCAGUUUCUGGGUCACCUUCAAAGGUAGCCCCACGUGGAGUGCAUUGCAGUAGUCCAAGCGGGAAAUAACUAGAGCACUCUAAAAUUUUCUGCACUCUAAAAUUAUCUUUUAUAUAUUUUAGGUUUCAUCGUGAGUGUUGGGUUGGUUUAAUUAAGUUGGAGCCUGAUAAAGGAUUUACUUGGAGUGAUGGAUUUCCUGUAAGUAUGCUAAUGUAUUGACAGGAAAAUUAAUAUCAUUUUUACAAAACCAUUUUGAAUAUGAAUGUUGAAGCUCUUUUGCUUUCUGGUCAGAUCCCAUAGCAUUGUUUUAAAUGUUUAGUCACUUAAACUUCCAGCAUCUGAGCCUUUAAGCAUAGGUUUGUAUGCAAUCUAAUUUUUGGACCCCGCACCUAUGGCAGUUCCAGCAGAGUUAAUGAAAUUGCUGCUUAUCCAGUUGGAUUAGAUUUGUUUUUGUUUUGUUUUUAAAAUAGUGCUCUUAUGUAUUAUUAUUAUUAUUAUUAUUAUUAAGUAACAAACAGAGCAUUAAACAAUGCACCAAUAGGAGCACAAACACCUACAUGUAAUUCAAAAAUGAACUAUGGUUUAGUGCAAAUGGGAAAACAAAGAUUGUGGCUGCUGCCCUCCUUCCCUGGUCCUGCUGGUCCUGUACUAUCCAAAGCAAAGCUUUGGAAAAGUGGCCAUUACAGUUAAAAUAUUUCUCAUCAUCCGAGGCUCUUCUUCAUGCGCCUCCUCCAUGAGAGGUUUGGAGGGUGGCAACAUGACAAAGGGCCUUUUCUGCAGCGGCCCCCUGCUUGUGGAAUGCUCUCCCCAGGGAGGUUUGUUUGGCACCUUCAUUACAUAUCUUGAGGUGCCAGGCAAAAAUAUAUCUCUUCUCCCAUGCCUUUGGCUAAUUAAACAAUCUAUGGCUUUUAAAACUGGUUAUGAAUUUUGUUUGUUACUAUGUUGCGUAUUUUUGUGUUUUUAUAUUGUAAACCACCCUGUGAUCCUCGGAUGAAGGGCCAUACAAAAAUGUAAUAAAUUUUACUAUUAUAAUAUUUAUACCCUGCCCAUCUGGCUGGGUUGCCCCAGCCACUCUUGACAGCUUACAACACACGCACAAAUAAUAAUAAAACAUCAAACAUUAAUAGUAACAAUCAGAUCCUGUAUAAAAAUUCACAAUAACUUUAAAAUAAACAAUGUAUAUCAAAUAAAGCAAUAUGCAAUAAUCCAUUAGAAUCCAAUAGCAAGCACUAAAAUUGGACUCCAGCUGCUCUCCUUCGUGUUGAAGUGGACACAAUAACAAUACAGGCAAGAAUUGACUAUCUGUGUCUAAACUAUGUAAAAAGACUUCAAUCCCUCCCGGAGAAGAGAUUCCCCCGCUAUGUGUCUCACAGAAUGGGAACAGACCAAAUGCUGGAAGGCUGGCAUCCAACACCUCUUGUCCCAAUAUCAACUACAAGAUCUUCAGGCGGUCAUGAAGUUGGACAAGAGGCACUUAAGAGAUCGCCUCUAUAGGUCCGAUGCAGAAAGGGAUUUAACCUCUACCCAAAGUUCACCAUGGUUCCCACUUAUCAAAAUGGAGCACACUCAAGCUAGUUACCUGACAAAGCUCCCACUUGCCAUAUUAAGAAUCGCUUUUACAGAAUUAUGAUUUCAAUCAAUGCCCUUGGCGGUGUUGGAUGGACGGUACGGAAAAAGUACAGUGCAACGAGAGACUUUAUCUGUGUGGGCAACCUUAUGUACAGGACCUGUACCAUUAUUUACUCCAAUGCCCGCUAUAUACAGACCCAAGAGACCAAUUUAUAAAACCCCUGCUUACGAAUGGAACACACUCGAACAGGGUGGAAAGGGUGAAAUGGCUGCUGAGUGAUACGGAUGAUUUUGUAACUUAUAAACUAUACACACUGGCAGCUAAGAAGAUUAGGAGGAAAGAACUAGACAAAAUUGCAGUCAACUGCAAAGGUGAUUUGGACAUUUAAGUUGGCACAUUCUACCUGAGAAUCCCCAGCUAGUCUAUUACAUGCAGCAAACAAUUUUUAGGAGACGUGAUUGCGAUUUAUCAUAUUUGUUAUGCCUGAUGUUUUAUGGUUAUUGUUGAUUUUUUUAUGUUCUUCUUGUGAAUGAUGCCAUGGCCUUUGGCUAGUGCAAUAAAGUCUAUGAAUGAAUGAAACACUAAAAUUUAACAUCGGCAAGUAAUAUUUAAACAGUUUACACUUAUCAAUUACAAUAAAGAAUUACUCAUCCAUAAUCGAUAAAAACAGCAGCAAAUAACAAUACAUAAAAAACCACAAUGCGUGUUCCCAUUAAAAGAGAGCACGUGUUGCGGUGGGGGCCAGGCAAGACACCCCGCUGUUGCUAGUCAUGUUUGGGAUGCUUGGCCCUAGCAGGGAUUGGUAGCCUGAGUUGCUGGGGUAAUUUUGAUGUUGCCAAUUUGGGGGUGGGAACAGAGGUUUUUUAAGCAGUGCACACAGCAAUCUGCUUUCUCUUUUGCUGUGUGCACCGGAUCACCCGCCCGCCCUCCCUUGAUUUGGGUCUUAUGCGUUGACCUUGCUAUGCCUGUCAUGGGGUUGCCUGCUGUUGGGGCAGUGGCCUGGUAGAAAUUUUGUCCAUUUGGCUGAUUGGCUGGUGCCAUUUGGUUUUUGCCUACUGCGUAGCAAAUCGUCACAACUUUGAGGUUGCUGUUAGGCAUUGGUUAAAUUUGGUUGGAGGAGGGGUAAGGAUUGGCUGGGCCUGCCCCUCCAAUGCUGCUGCUGCAAGGGAAUUCCGUUAAAGGAAUUCAGGGGCUUGCCAUCCUUUUGUCCAAACCCCUGGAAUUGGGUUUGGGCCACGUAAGCCCCUGGGAGCAUGCGGGGAGAAGCUGAGGGCCUGUGUCACAGCUCCAGUGACUUUUGCUGGAAUUCGGAAGUCAGUUCUGUCCCCAAGGCGGGGGGACAGAUAGUCCUAUCCUAACCAAUGCCUAAGCAACCACUCACAUCCAUGUAUGUUAAUAAAGUUGUGGCCAAAAUUAUGCCAAAAACCUUAAACAAAAAUUCUGUGUGAUAUGUGAGUUAUUGGGGUAGGGGUGUCUUGGGGACCUCAACACGCAAAACAUACAAAACAAUGUAAAAUAAUUAAAUUAAAUGAAUGAAUGAAUGAAUGAAUGACGGUUUCAGUAUGACACUGUGGGCGAAUCAGCUGAUAUGUCUGCCCUGCUCUGGCCCACAGUGGGAGUGUGGUGAAUUGGUAGGUGGAGGUAAAACAUGUUCAGUCGUUGGGAAAACUUGCAAUGACAGGAACUGUUUCUUUAUAAUAGCCUUUUGCACCCAUAUUGUAUUAACAGGGAAAUGACAGCUCAUCUUUCUCUCUAUACAUACAUACAUACAUACAUACAUGUGCACAGGUGUAUAAAGAAUGCUACUGUAAGUCUGUAUCCUUUUCUGUAGAUUUCUGAAGAUUUUUAUAAAGAAAAAGAGUAAUGAAUAUUUAUUCCUACUGCAGGUAGACUAUGAACCAUAUAUGUAUUCUUCACAUCAUGUCAGAGACGAAGGAUGUGUAGCAGCGUAUACAAGUUUUAUGGGGGUGGCAUUUUCCUCUUGUGAGAAUAUGUUGUGUUGGAUUUGCCAAAUAAAGAGAGGUAAGAUUACUUUUGAUUUACAAGUAGUUCAUUAAGGAAAGUGAAAGGGCCUUUUUAUUAUGGUACACACUGAGGUAUAGUAUGUUCCAUUUCAAUGAGAAGCAGGAAUCUAGUGCAUGGAGGCCAUUGUGAAUUCAGAAGUGUUAGGAUAUUUCCGUUCCACCUUAAAAGGGAGCAGGCUUUGUGAGUCAGAGUCUGCGUAUUUCCUGUUUCACAGGAUGUUUCUGUUGUGUCUUUUGUUUUCGCUCUCUCUGUGUCUGGAGACACUGAAGCAGGCAGUCAUGUUUUUUUGUUCUGAUCAACGCUGAAUAAAACUUGUAAAUAAUGCUCUCCUGAGUGCGACUUUUGCUGUGCAUUAUCUGCUGAUAGAGUGUGCAUGAGCUCUGGAAUGUGGCAAGCUAUUUCUGGAAGCUCGUGUUGCUAAUUGCUGAUACUGUAUCUACGGGAGAUCGAUGGAUCGUCCGGCAGCCGGCUUGGGGGCCAUGAUGGACUUUGUCUCCCUGGCAGUAUCCCAACAAGAAGUACUUAUUGACACAAUGCAUAGUUAAACCAUGGAACUUGUCCCACAAGAGGUAGUGAUGGCAGCAAUAUUUCUGAAUACCAAUUGCUACAGAGGGAGGGAGCAUUCUUGUGCUCCGAUUCAGCUUGCUAGUUUCCUACAGGUGUCUAGGUGGCCACUGUGAGAACAGGAAGCUGUACUAGAUGGGCCAUUGGACUUAAUACAGGAAGCCACUGAAGGCUGCUUCACAUUAUAUUAUUAUUUGUGCUUCAGAAAUGUAAAAAUAUUGGGGUGUGGCCAAUGUAAAUGUAAAAAUAUUGGGGUUAGGAAAUGGCCAACUAAAGAGAGAGUUCUGUAAAGGCACCUGAAUCUCCUCCUACUUUUGAGGUUCUGCAACACUAAUCCUGCUUCCAUGAGCUAGGAAAGGGAGAAUUCAUAUACAGGUGAAAAUGAGAGAUCUGACCGCCCUUUUUUCAGCCCAAAGACCAUGUUUCCCCUUCAAGCUGUCAAGAAAAUCAGGCUGCAUCUAACAUAGCACCUUCAACACAAGAUGUCCCAAACACUCCUAGGAAAGGAGAAAGCAACAUCUGAGAUACAUUUGUAGUACAGCAACUAAAACUACAAAUAAGAAUGGUGGAAAGAUCUAAUAGUUCCUAUGGAGACUCAAGCUUAAAGAAGGUAACAUUAGACUGGGCACUCUCACAGAUACAAGAACUUCAGCAGCAACAGCAGGCACUGCUCAUGAAAGGAAGAUACAGUGGUACCUCUAGUUGUGGACUUAAUCUGUUUCGUGGUGCAGUUUGCACCCCAAAAAGUCCACAAAUAGAGAACCUCUUCUGCACAUGAGCGUGGCGUGAGCGAGCACUUCUGUGCAUGCGCGGGUGGCAAACCCGGAAGUAAACACUUCCAGGUUUGCCACGUUCGUAAGCUGAAAGUCCGUAACAAGAGCGGAAUGCAACACAAGGUAUGACUGUAAAAGUUUUAGCAGAAUGAGAAAGCUGAAAUACUUGAUAAACUUAAAGGGGCAGGAAAUGAGGGACUUCCUGUGUGCCUUUUUCAUGAGGGAUUGCUGGAGGAUGAUCUGAUUGAAUUCGUUGUUCCAUGGUUUAAGUCUGUUCACCCUGGUUUUAUCUUAACCACAGAUGAUUUCGCUUGCCAUUGUAGCAUCUGGGGGGUUGACCUUACUUGCGCCUCUAGGGGGGAAAGGCAGAAGUAGCUUCUAUGGGAAAUAGGUUUUUUUGCGCCUGCCUCGAUGAAGCAGUCAUAUUCUCUUUUGAAUCCUCUUAUGCCUUCAUCUUGACUUAGCAGUCUUCUUCUGUGAUUUCACUCUUUCUACUGUUCAGCUGCUUUUUCUACGAAUGCAUCCUUGUUAGAAAUACGCAGAGCAGCAACCUGGACAUCCCCAAGCACAUUCCCCAGGCACUAUAAGAUGGAGCCUUUGCAUCCUCUGGAGCAGCAUUCCGCCCGAAGGUCUUACAGCAGGCUGUCCUACAUGAAUCACUUGUUGCCCUAGUUCACAGAAUUAUAGAAUAGUAGGCCCAACCCAGCGAUGCUACACCAGCAAGCAAAAUAACAGCAUUGUACCUACCUGAAAGGUAGAUUUACUUGUCCAUUGUAAAGGAUCACUGGGGCCACACCCUUGCAUGACCUACAACACCUUUUCCCACCUCUGUUUGCACCUCUGUUGGCUUUCAGUUAAUGGUUUCUCAUAGGAAAUAGGUUAAUACUAUUAUGGCCUCCAGUUCUGGACUGUUCAUGCUUGGUGAAUACGUAAAACUGAAGAGCCAGGAGCAAACUAAAUGAAGAGGGGACAGCCUAUUUCCUGUAAAAGGCUAGUCCUGCCUUUGUCCACUAGAGGUACAAGUAAGCCCAACCCAGUGAUGCUAUAUUGGACAAGCAAAUCUACUUUCCAGGUAGGUACAUGCAGGCAGGGGCGUAGGAAGGGGGUAUGGGGGUGCGUGUCGCCCUGGGUGUCAUCCUGAGGGGGGUGACAUUUGGCGCCCCUCUGCCCUGACUCCCAAGCCUACAGUGAGCGGCAAAGCAGCAGCAAAGCAGGCGAAAGCAGCAGCAAAGCGUUGGCAAAGCGUCGCAGCUCCCCCCCUUCCCCUGGCUCACUGUAGGCUUGGGAGUCACAGGGGGGUUUCACCACUGCCCUGCCGCCCACACUCCCGGCUGGAGGAGGCAGGCAGGCAGGGGAGAGGACAGCUGUCAUCCUUGAAGGGGGGUGACAUCCAGGGCGCGCCCCCGUCCGUGACUCCCAAGCCUACAGCGAGUGACGGCCCUGGCGGCUCGUCAGGGCCGUCGGCAAAGCAGCGCAGCUCCCGCCUUCCCUUGACUCGUCUCCCAACUUGGGGAGGGGGUGACAAAAAAAUAAAUUCCACACCGGGUACCACCUGACCUUGCUACGCCUCUGCAUGCAGGGCUUUUUUUCAGCUGGGACUCACUAGAACUCAGUUCCAGCACCUCUCAGGUAGGUGCCAUUGUCAUUAUAUAAGAGAAGAAGGGAGGUUUUCAUGGUGAGUUCCAGCACCUCCGUAUUGGGUUCAUGAUAUCAUAUGUACAGUCAUAUAUACACAUUAUCACUUUUGAGAAAUAUUUAGAAAGUGCUUAUUUAUUUUCUGUACUGCCCUUCAAUCUGGUAUGCAAUGUAAUGUAACAGUGAUUAAUUUUAUUUUGAUAUGACCUUGAAUAGCUUUAACCUCAUACACUUACCAGCUUUGGUCUGGUUUUUGUAAACACUUUUAUUUUUAUGUACUCCUGUUUGUAAUAUGAAACAAUGCAAUACCAUAUAAAUCACACUAUUAUAAGCAAUAUAUGUUUGGUUUUCAGGUGCACAGUUAAAACCGGAACCACGCAGUGAUUUGGGUAUGUUGAGUGAUUCCACCUUUGCUUAGGUCAUGUGUGUCUCUCUUAAGCAGCACUAUAAAAGUGGAGGUGGAGCUGCCUUAACAGCUCUUUCAGGCUGCUGAUGGUUCUGUCAUGAGCCAAAGAUGUGUGUGCUUCCUGGCUUGGGCAUCCCAGUUUCUGCCUUCCCUCAGAACAAACAGGUCUUAAGUAAAAAAAUGGGGAAGGGGCUUCCCCAGAGGUUCUCUUCGGCCACUGAGGGUCCUACUAUUGGGAUUUCAGCUCCGGUCGUCCGAGCUGAUACGGCUCAUCUUCUUUUGAGCCCACCCAUCAGAGCAUUAAAACAACGCCACAGCGGAAGGAUGAGAUAAUAUGGGCUACAUUGCUAUGCUUUAUUACUAAGCUAUGCAGAGAGCAAAGAAAUAUACAUGUUCUCUCUAUGAGAAGCAGAGAGCAACUGAACAAAGGAAACAACAGAACAAAGGAAACAGGAAACCAGUAACGUGACAUCCCGUCUCCCUUUCCCGUGAGAAUCCAACAGUAUCUGGACUCUGUGGGAUGUAAACAGUCCUGUGACUGCAAGCAGCUGCUCAGUGAGGAAACAGAAACUAACACCUACCAGGAUCCAAUGGUAGCUGCUUUCUGGCCUGGGCUUGCUCAUUCCUCCAAAAUGGAUUACAUACAACUGGGGAAGCUCAGUGGUACAACUGCUUUAUAUGCAAGAGGUCCCAGGUCCUGCUAGAAAAUGUGAAGUCAUAAGAUAGUACCUUUAAAAACAUAUGCAGUGUCUUUUCUUCAGUUUUGCAUACUUGCCUUUCAGCAAAUAAUUCCAUGGUUGUCAUUACUGAACCAACCAGUUUUUUUUUCAUGGGAGAUAUAUUUCCACAGUCCUAGGUGCUCGUUUUAUAAUUUAAUUUGAAAAUAAAUUAUCAGGGUAAUCAAACUGUAAUAGUUUUAAAGGUACCAUGGUGUGACAGGGGAAUGGAGAGGGAGAAGUUGUUCAUUGUGUGCUUCAAAAUUGAAAUCAUAUAUCUGACAGUCUAAAGUGGGCGAGAUCAUUGAAUUUGCUUAGCUGCACCGCUGGUUGUGUGAAUUAACGUUAUUCACACUCUUGUAUACCAUAAAGGAUGGCUAAGAAAUAUUUUGAUAUUUAAUAUUAAAUUUAAUAUUCAUUAUUAAAAUAAUAAAAUUGCUUCUUUUUGUAGAAUAUUUGUUCAGAAGAAUUGAAGAUGGCUGGAUUGAGUACAAGGGCACUGAGUACUAUUUCAGUAAUGAACAGACAUCUCUCGAAAGAGCACGGGAAUUCUGCAAGAAACAUGGAGGAGAUCUUACUGUCAUUGAAAGUCGCAGUGAAUGGCAAUUUGUGUGGAGAUAUGUAAGAAAAAUAUGGAGCAUAUGCUUUCCAAUCAAGUAUAGCUUGGUUUUUAAAAAAAGGGCACAUAAAUUAUUUGAUCAAGGCCAUUUUUAUGUCUGCUAAUCAUUUUCCUCUGGAUGGUGGCACCAAAAGCUUGCAGAGAUUAGCAGUGCAAUUCCAUGCAUGUCUACUGAAAAGUAAGUCUCAUUGUCUUUAAUGGGUCUCAUUUCCAAGUAAGUGUGUAAAAUAUUGCAACCUUUGUGGUCAUAUACUACUAUCAUACCAUAAGCCAAGGAAAUGAGGCUUGCAAAUAUAUACUAUACGUGUGUGUGUGUGUGUGUGUGUGUGUGUGUGUUUCACUCACCCCCAAUAAUCAUCACAUAUCCAAAACACUGUGCUGAAAACAGUUUCCACGUAAUCAGGGUUCUACGCAGGCAUGGAUAUAUGAAUGUGAUUCCUGAAUGGACUGGUGAGAUUCUGUAGUGUAACACAUGGAGUUCCUACUUACUGAACGCAAUGUGUUCUGUGGAAAUCCUUUGGUAGGCGAGAGUUUGCACAAUGAGUCCAUGAAUUCCAUCCAUUCCUAUGGGAACAUUGCAAAUGUAGGAUUUGUUUGAUCACUUCCCCCACCCCCCUCUCCAAUCACCAAAAGAGAGACAAAGUAAAAAAACUUAUUUGUCCAACCUCUCCUGCUGUCUGAAUUGUAUGAUCUCGCUUCCCCCCACCCCUCUCUGAUUUCUGCCCCAGAGUAUAGCAAGGUCUGGGCAUAAUUAUUUAAGUGCAGAUAAGUGAAUUUUCGGAUAGCAAGCAUGCAAAUAGCCAGACCUGCGAGUAUUAGACUCUCAAGGCAUUGCUGGUGCUGACACUUAUUGCUAUCUGUUAAUAAGGAAGUUAAGAUGCGGUGAGGUACAGUUUGUGAUUAUCAUCCUCUUGUUGGAUCUCAGCAGAAUUUCUAUUGCCCAUUCCUGUUGGAACGGGCAUAUUCUGUGGCUAUAUUGUACUACUUUCCAGCACAUUUGUAUUCUUUUAAAAUCUAGGGAUAUUUGCUUUGAUGUGAAAUUUUUUUGGCGAAGCAUGUAAUUUUAAUGGCACCUGUCAGGGAACUGCCAUCAGUGCCGGAGGGAGAGAGCAAAAGCCAGAUGGAUUAUAGAGAGCCUCCAGGGAUCGGGAGAAGUAGCUCCUCUUCCGGGUAAGAGGAUAAAUGCAGGUCCAGUGGAGAGGAGGCGCAGACGUCGGAAAUGGCGAGGCGGUCCCAGGACUCCUUGCCUGGGAGAAGCGAGGAGGGAAGGGGUCCUCCGCUGCCCACGCCCUCUCUGUGCAGAAGGCAUUCGCGCAGAGAGGGACGGCGCAGACUGGGCGUAAAGGAGCUUCUUUGUUGGAGGAAGUUCAAGAAACGCCCACUCACGGAUUCUGCCAGUGAUUGAGUCAGCCAUGGGUGAGUGGUGCUCCAGACAGAUAAAGUUUACGUUGGCAGCCAAGCGAGGUAUUGGCAGCCAGCCAGGGAGAUAUUUGCCUGCUUGCUCACGAGCAACCCCUUGGAACCGUAACAGCACCAAAGUUAAACAUCCCACCCAGAAAUAAUUUUCUAAGGAACUUGAUGGUGCUGGUAAUAGAUAAAAUAAUGUUUCAGAGAACAGAAUGCUCUUCUAAGUGGACAACUGGCCUGGGAAACAAUGGACAUGAAAGAUUAUUAGUGGGAUACACUGUAACUGAUUUUAUACAGUAUAGAAAUAAAAACAUUCAGAAAACCAGCUAAUUACAUCAGUUAAAGUAUAACAUAAUAAAAAACUUUCUUUCAUGUUUACCCUCAUUUUAAUUGACAUGUUUUAAUUUGUUUUAAUUGUAAAGCUUUAAUUGUGUUUUUAAACAAACACAUUAUGUUCAUCAUUACAAACUUCCUAUGGAAUAAUUGAAUUAUAUUGCUCUGGAGAAUACCUGAUUAUUUUAUUGUUGAAUUUCCGUUGCAUUUACUCCCAUUUUUCCUUUGUAUGUUUUAGAGCAAGUAUUAUGGUGCUUAUUAUGUAACUGCUUAUUAUAUUGGUUUAAUUCUGGGACUCGAUAGAAAGUUCAGGUAAGUGAACAAAAGAAGUGGAAAUCAGAUUUUUAACAAUUGUAAAUACUAACUUUAUUUUAGAUCAUAACUAGGUUAGCAUUAAAAUUUAAGUCUUCUGUAUGUAAGGAUGUGACACCUUCCCACCAUUCAUCAGUUACUCUUCUGGUUGACUCUGAAAUCCUGUGGUUCUUUUUUAAAAAAUAUAUAUAAUUUUUAUUAACAGGCCAAUCAAAUCACAUUAAUUCCAAAUCACAUUAGUUCCAAAUUAUACAGCCAAAUUUUUAAAAUUUUGUUGGGGGUACCCAUACUUCAAGCUCCGAAAGGGAUCCAAACAUCACUCUUGCUGCUGCUUUAAUUAAACAGUUCUAUCCAGUUCUGUCCAGAUAGUCUCUUUGUUAUUUUCCUCAUCUUCUUGUUGUUAUCAUAUAUUCCUUUCUUUAUGAUCUCUGAUAAUCUUCACAAGCAGGUUGAAAACAAACAUAUCCUGUGUGGGUUUUACACUCUCCAAGAGUCAUAUCACAUAAAGGACAGACGCCAUUUCCACACCUCCGUAAAGAACAUUCCCACAGUCUGUCCGUUGAUUUCCACAGGCUUGCCAAUCUAUAUCUCAGGGGGCUCUGCCAGGUCAAGAACACAUUCCGAUCACCAUACAUUCACAUUCCAAUGACCCUGGUCCUCCUCCCCCUCGUCCUCCUAUGAGCAAGCCUGUCUUAACGAAACUCCAUUUGUAACUGCGUCAUAAAACUUUCUUUCCAUUCCCCGAUGUUUCCACCAGUCCUCUCUUUGAUCAGUAAUUCAUUUCCACACAGUUCUUAAUCUCCUGCUUGUGAUUAGUAAUUUGCAACGAUUCUUCUCUCUGGAGGGGAGGGUUAUUGAAUACUCACAUAAGACAAAAAAAGAAAAGUUUUUCCCUCCCCCCCCCUUUCCGGUUCAGUCCAACAUACCGAUCUUUUAAUGAUGAUUCUUCACUUUAUUUAUUGUCCAGCCCGUCGCUCCGCUCACAGAGAUCCCAUUAUUCAGCAGUCUUUACUCCCGAUCUUCACUUGAUGUAUAUGCAUUAGCUUCUUUCCAAUUAUAUAUUUCCAAUUAUAUAACUCCAGCUAAUGCAAACCAGUGCGCGAUUAGAGACAGCGUCAGGGAGAGCCGACCUCACCCGAGGGCUUCGUGCCAAGUGCCCUCACCCCCUUCUUUCAAAUCCGGGGGUGAAUUAUGGACACAGCUGGCAAGGCAGUCCCCCCCAUUCCCUUGGGGGGGCAAGUGAGGCUGCAUAUUCCCAUAUCAGCCUCUUAAUUACCUCGUGUGGGUCGGAGAGAUGUUAUUGUCAGCCAUCUUCCAAUGCGCCCCCUGGUGGCCCCCCAAUCCUGUGGUUCUUUUGAUGGUUUCCUAUGAGAACAUCAGAUUUCCUUUCCUGAGAGUGGAGAGGGAGGUCUGAGCUUGGUGGAGACAGCUGGAUGUCAGUUACAUUCUCCAUGCCGCCUAAGGAACUUCCAUGGCCAUUGCCUUGCUGAAAUCAAUCUCCAAUGACUGGGAAGUGAGCAUGGCAGUGGCUGACCAGGAGAAGUCUUGGAUCCAAAAGAUCCAAAAUCAUCUUAGUCCCCAACCAUGCCCCUGAACUACGGAGAAGCUUGCGCUUGUCAGCAUGUGGAAAUAAUUUAAUGGCAAGGGGGAUAGAAAAUGAUGGGGGAGUGCACAAAUCCUGCCCCACCUUUAAUUCUGCUCUGCCACCACUGGCGCCAACUAUAAGGGGCCUUUGGUACCUAAGGAACCAGAAAAAAUGGUUGUGGGUGCUUGGCACCCACACCGCUGGGCCGCCGACGUGACUUCUUGUCACCAGAAAUCAUGGCUGAUGCCUUGUAUAGCCUUGGGGGUGGCAUCCAAGGCCUUCUUGGGCCUCGGACACAACUUCUGGAGUCCCUAGGAGCCGUUGCGGCACACACAAUGUGACUUCAUGAUGUCACAGCACAACAUGAUGUCACGAUACGUUGCACGCCGCUUGGCACCCAUAAUUUGGGGCCCAAAUCAGCGCCCCUGUCUGCUACAGUGAGCCCAGCAAUGCUUGGGAUACUGCAGUUCAGCCAUUUUCCUCAUUUUAGUUCAGUUAAAGUACAGUUGCAGUGUGUCCGUUGAGCCCCAGGCUACCUCUUGCUUUAGAGUUUACCUGGUGGAUGGGGCCUUUUCUCAAAGAGCUCAGUAGCACUUUUCAUCACUGCUCUGACUUGCCAAUUAACAACAACAACAACAACAACAAAUAUACUUUUCUUACCUGCCUUUCACCAGAAGGUCUCAGGGCAACUUGCAAUGUACAAAUGCAGUCUUAAGAUUUACUAGGCUGCCACAACUGCCUUGUCUCUCACAGCUAUAUUAGAUCUGAGGGUGCUGCUUCCCUCUUUACAAACUUACUGUGCUCUGUUUGCUCCAAGGUUUGGGGGGGCACAGCCCUCCUUUUUCCCUGUGGCCAGUGUGGUCUAAUGGCUAGACUGUUGAACUAUGAGUUUGAGGCUAGAGCUUGAAUUCUCACUCAACCAUGAAACUCAGAAUGUGACCUUGGACCACCAAUGUUUUUCACCGCAUGGUGAUUAAAAUAUAAUAUUAUACAAAAUAACUGGCAAUCUGCUCCCCUAUAAUAGCAACUCAAUCUUUAAAGAUUAGGCAUUUUUUGUUAACAGUAUUUUGGAUGCUGCCAAUAAAAAAAUUCUGGCAAUGCUGCCAGAUACAAAAUUCAAUUCAACAUCUAAAUCUUUUCUUAAGCUGGUGUUCCAUUGGCUAAAACAAACACCCACAAAAACUGAAAACCAUUGUAAAAGUAUGCAGUGUAAAUGAAAGAGAAAUUAUGCUGUUCUGUUCAAUGAUUUCAUAUUGUUUUCUCUAGUUGGUUGGAUGGAACUCCAGUGACCUUUGCAAUGUGGGCACCCAAUGAACCCAACUUUUCAAAUGAUGAAGAAACCUGUGUCUACAUGCAUCGUGAAUUAGGCAAGUAGAAUAAAAGAUUACAAUUUUUAAAAGGGGGUGCAUAUACAAUCAAUAGCGGGGCAACUGAUUAAUUAAAAUAAACUACCACAAACGGAACCCAUGUCACAUCACAAUAACUAUUCUGGCCCACUGAAGAUGUGGGUGGAUGGAAUAAUAUUACCGGUAUUUUGCAUUUCUAAUUGUCUUCCUUUGAAUAUCUCAGAAUAUUAAAAUGUUUUAGAGGACAUUUUGGGUGUGUCCACACUAGGGCACUAAUACAUAUGUGGGUCACUACUUUCAUUAAUGCAUUUGCUCACCUUGGUUCACACAGAGAAGAACAUAACACUUGCCAGCGUGGUGUGGUGGUUAAGAGCAAUGGACUUGUAAUCUGGGGAACUGGGUUUGCUUCCCUGCACCUCCACAUGCAGCUGCUGGGUGACCUUGGGCCAGUCACACUUCUUUGAAGUCUCUCAGCCCCACUCACCUCACAGUGUUUGUUGUGGGGGAGGAAGGGAAAGGAGAUUGUUGGCCGCUUUGAGACUCCUUAAGGGGAGUGAAAGGCGGACUAUCGAGUCCAAACUCUCCUCCUCCUCCUCCUCCUCCUCCUCCUCCUCCUCCUCUUCUUCUUCUUCUUCUUCUUCUUCUUCUUCUUCUUGCCUGCUGCAUUAGACCAGUGACCCAUCUAGUCUAGCAUCCUGUUAGUGCUGUGGCCAACCAGAUGCCCAUAGGAAGCCUGUAGGCAGGACCUGAGCACAAUAGCAGGCUCCCUUCCUGCAGUAUCCAGAAACUGGUAUUCAGAAGCAUAUUGCCUCUGACUGUGGAUGUAGAACAAGGUCACUGGGGGUUAAGUAGGCAGUGACAGCCUUGUCCUCCAUUCAUUUGUUGAGUUUGUAGUCAUCACUGCCUCAUACUGGAGCAAAUUCCAUGCACUGUGUGAAGAAGUACAAUGUUUUAUCUCUCCUGAUUAUUCCAGCUUUUGGUUUCAUUGCGUGUGUAUGAGCUCUAGUACUAUGGGAGGGACAGGACUUUUCACUGUCCACUUUCUUCCUGCCAUGCAUAAUUAAACGCACUUGUAUUGUGUCACCUCUUACUUGCUUUUUCUCUGAAUACCUCCCACCAAAUAUUGUAAUCUUUCCUCUCAGGGAAGUUGCUUCAUCCCCUUUAUUAUUUUGGUUGCCCUUUUCUGAACCUUUUCCAACUCUACAAUAUCCUUUUUGAAGUAAAGUGAUGACAGCAAUACACAGUAUUCUAAAUGCAGUUGCUCCACAAAGUUGUACGUAGAAUGGCGUCACAAUCGCAGUGUUAUUUUCAAUUCCUUUCCUAAUGAUCCCUAGUAGUGAGUUUGCCUUCCGCCCAGCUGCUGAACACUUGGCUGACAUCUUCUUCAAGCAGUCCAUUAGGACCCAUGGUCUCGUUCCUCAUCAGUCACCACCAGUUCAGAUCCCAUGUGAAAUUAAGAUUUUUGGCAAUGAAACAAGAGCAACUUGUCAAACUGGGACUGGCUCAUCAGCAGUUGAGAUUAUGUUUGCUUCUAGGUUACCUUCUACAACCAAAAUAUUCUGAGGACAUGGAAAGUCUUUUCUGACUGGGGUUGGAAACACCACAUUGUCCCUUAAAAGGCUGGUAUUUCAUCCCUGCUGCCCUACUUGCAAGAAGGUCUUAUUUUGAGGCUGCGGCCUAACAUGCCUAACCACCAGGCAUCUAUGCUGCCAUUGUUUCUAAGGAUCUGAACAAGCCAGUGGGAUCUCAUCCUUUCCUCAGACAGUUUCAUAGUGGGGCCAUCCUGAAGUCACCUCCACACAGCAUAGAUUUCCCUCAUGGGAGUCUGCUUCUUUUCAUCUACUCUCAAGAGUGCUCUUCCUAGUGGCAUUCACCUUUGCUCAAUGGAUCUCAGAGCUCAAAAACCUUCAUGUGUUCCACAAGGACAGUGUAACAGUCUGAAUUAUUUCUUCCUUUCUCCCUAAGGUUUGCCACCUUUACACUGCCAGCAGGAACUCAGUUCUUACCUCCUUCUCUCCUCCUGUUUAUCUUUCUGAAAGAGACUAGCAUUCCCUUGAUAUCAGUGUUUGUGGACCUUGCAGCUUGGGUAAAUUAGAUUGGAACAAUCACUUACAGCAUAGUGCUGAGGCCAUCUCUACAUGCAUAGCGGGGGCAGAGAAUGAUUUCUUACCUGUAUAGGGGAUUUCUGUGCAUGUAAUAAGAUGAACUCAGGUCCCACACUGUAGGUCUUGGGCUGCCUCAGCUUGUGGAGGAUUUUUUUCUAGUAUGCCUGACCUCUUUUCUAGUUUUUACUUGUUGUUUAUUGUUUGACAGAGUGUUUGUUGUUCUGGUUGUGCUAUCUUUGUGCCUUUUUCAGUCUCUUAGAGUCUUAUAUUUUAAAGAGCGAAAAAGAGGACACAUUUGCUAACUUCUACUUUUAACUGUGGAUCACUAUGAUGACUCCCAUUUUACAAACCCAUGAAAAGGAGUACAUGUCCUGGAAAAAGAGGACUCUAGGAGGGAGGGUUUUUUGUGCGUGUUUUUAGUUUGCAGCAGGAGUAGCGAUUUUGCCAGCAACCACUAAGUGAAGCUUGACUUCCACUUUCAUCUUAUUAUGUGUACGACAAUCCACUGUACAGGUAAAAAAUGGUCAUUCUUCAUUUGGGAGUGAUUUCAUCUUACUGAUGAACACCUAAAUUCUUUAUUCAGGCUUAUGGUACGACAUAAACUGUGGUACUAAGAACAGAUUCAUCUGUGAAAGGCAUAACAGUUCUGUCCGUUCAACUCCUGCUCCCACAACGCCUGCACCUGUUGGGGGCUGUGCUGAUGGCUGGCUUUUCUUUGAUAAAAAGGUAACUAAGAAAGUGAUUGCAAAUAUACUGGUAUAUUGCCCCUUUUCAGUUAUUAUAGCACAUACAAUGUUUUCCCAGAGCUUGUGAAUAUGAAGAGAUUGCUCUCCAUGUCCACACUUCUAUGCAAGGGCUCUUUAUAGAGGUUCAAAAUGAAUGUGCACCUAGCUCAGGCGUUAAGCCAUCAUGAUACCGCAUCUCUCCAUGCCACCACCCCAUGUAUCUUUGUACAUACUAGAAAGUCUAUUGCGUUGCAAAAUAGAAGUGUCAGGAACAAUGAAAUAUUUUUUUAAAAAGUGGUAUCUUAAAAGCUUGAUUAUGGGUCAGCUACCCAAAAGAGCAGUGAAUUUGUCUUCAGACUAAAUUUUCAGCAUUUGGUUAUGUUAUUGUUUAUUAAAUGACAAUCUCCCGGGGGGGGGCGGAGCUAUUUUCUGCCUGAAGAGGAGCCAGUGAGCAGUGACUGGGUUGGAGAAGGAAGGUAAAGUAGUGUAUGAUCUACCAUUUAAAAACCUUUGCAGGCUUGUGGAGGGUCAGAGCAGGAACUGGGUAAAUUUCCCCCACCUCUAUUUUCCACUGUGUUGGUUAACUUUUUAUUAGUUCCUGGCUUCUAUAUGAAGAAAUUAACUACACCACAUACUCCACACAAUCUGAAUCUCUGUCAAGUCCGUGAAUCUGAGGGUUGGGAUUUCUCUCUAAAGCCAAGUUAAAAUAUCCAUGUCUGCAACCCAGUACCAUCUCAUGAUGGUUGAGUUCACUAACCAUUUCAUAAUUGAUGGAAUUUUGGAGUUUUCCUCCCCCUGCAGUGCUUCCAGUUUUUUGGCUUGAAUGAAGAAGAAAGGAAAAACUGGUCCGAUGCACGAACUGCUUGCAGAAAUCUAGGAGGAAAUCUGGCAACUAUACCGAACAAAGCUACACAAGGUACAGUCGGUUCUUUUAGAACAUGUUGCUCACAUAGACUUAAUGUUGACUCAAUAAUAAUAAUUUGUUGUUUCUACCCCGCCCAUCUGGCUGGUUUCCCGAGCCCAGGGGUCUGAACACUCAUCCUCCACCACCACUUUCUGAACAAGGCCCAGGAGAAAGGAGCCCUUCCUAAGAGGAGUGAAAACAAGGGAUGUUUAUUGUAAUCAUGGCCUGUUUGUGUUUUUUCCAGGCAAAAAUGUAAUGAGCUGGAUUAUGUGGUCCUUUUUAAAGCAGGGAUAGCCAAUGUUGCAUCUGCAAUAUUUUGUUGCAUUAAGAGAAUGUUCAGGAAUGAUGGGAGAUAUAGUUUUUCUCUGUAAGAAAAACAAGUUUAAAAUGUUUUUGUUUUUUAAAAAGAUGCAGUAUAGAAAAUCUGAAGUGGACCAUAGUGGCAACUUCUGCAUGACACAAUUUUAAAAAACAAAACAAAACAACGAACAUAAAAUAUAACUAGAUCAGUUCAUGGUAUCCUAUAUUGAUUACUUAUAAGUGAGGGAGAGUAUUUACCAAAUUCUUUAUGAUGAAAUAUGUCCUUGUUUUUAUUCAGCAUUUUUCAUGGUGCACUUGGAAAGUGCCUCAAUUGAUCCAUGGAUUGGACUGAACGAUAUUAUUAAUGAAAAGGUUUUUCUAUGGACAGAUGGAAGUGAGGUCUACUAUACAAACUGGGCCAGUGGUUUUCCAAAUUAUGUAAGUCCUGCCUGCAAAGGCUUUCAUCUUUAUUUUUUUCAGAUACAAGAAAUGUUCCCUAUUUUCCAUUCCUGCAGUAAAAUUAUAUAUAUUCAGAGUGCCUUCUCAGCAUUAUCACUCCAUUAAUGUACCAGUCUUCCCAUGCCAAUCUUGCAAGGUUAGCUGGCCAUGUUUUGAUAUUUAAUACGUGGAUUGGUAUUAUGAUUGUUAAUCCUCAUUUUACUCUUUAUUGUUCAGUUUACUGUAGUUUAAAUUGUUGUGAGCCACUCCGAAAAUACUCCAGAAGAAGUGUGGAAUAGAAAUUUUACAAAUAGAUACAUUACAUAAUUGAUAAAAUAUAUAGGAAGCAUCCAAGGUCGGCAGCAUGUUCUGAGGAGCCUCUGACAAUUUUGACUUAAAGCCAGUUAUAUUCUUCAGAUUUUCUCUCAACUCUGCUGAUUUUAUUCUGUCUGAAUUUUGCCAACGAGUUAAGGACUUAAGUAUAAUCUGCCAAUGCUCCAUUUCCUAGUUAGACUGAAUUAUUUCCUUCCCACAGCAGCAGUGCCAUUCACUUCAAUUGUACAUCCCCUUGUGUGCUUGGGAAUUAAGAAAAUUCCGAAAGGCAUCUCACCCAUUAUGUUACACAUCUUCCUUGAUCCACUGGCCAGUAAAUCAGGCACUGCCUCUGUCCAGCAAUGACUUUUUCUAUCUCGGCUUACUAGGACUUAGUUGCAUGCAAAGACCAAUCUCUCCCACCCCAUCUCCUCACCUUCUGCACCCUCUAAAUACCGUAUAUUCUAGGGGUUCCCCCAACCCUCUGAAGCAGAUUUGGGUAGGGCAUGAGGUGUAUCCAAGGGAAGGGGGAAAUCCCAUUGUGCAAGCAGAAAUCCUUGUACUGAUAGGAUGAGUUAUUAGGAGAGCACCCACUGUUAUUACUCCAGUUUGAUGCUCACACCUUUCUUUAGAACAGCUGUGGGGAAGGUCUUUCUGCAAGCCUAAGUAGGCCUGCCAAGCCCUCUUAUCUGGCUGGACUUUUGAAGUGCUGUCAAUCAGCGGAUUGUCAAGUGACCUUUGUUGGGAUACUGCCUGGGAGAUAAAGUCCAUCAUGGCCCCCAAGCCGUCUGCCGGACGAUCCAUCGACCUCCCGUAGGCACGCAGCGACAUGAGUUUCUAGAAAAUAUCUUGUACACAUUCCAGAGCUCAUGCACACUCUAUCAGCAAUUAGCACAGCCAAAAGUUGCACUCAGGAGAGCAUUAUUUACAAGUUUAUUCAGCGUUGAUCAGAACACAGAAAAACAUGACUGCCUGCUUUUAGUGUCUGCGACACACAGAGAAAACAAAAGCAACAGAAAACAUAAACAUCCUGUGAACAGGAAAUACGCAGACUCUGUGACUCACAGCCUGCUCCCUUUUAAGGUGGAACGGAAAUAUCCUAACAUCCUCCCCCUUUCCGUGUAACCUGUAGUACCUGUGGUUCAACCCAAUUGCAACCUUUGUACGUAAACCUUAAGUUGUUCUCUGUUAACAACCUUAGACAACAGAUCAGCAGGAAUUUCAUUUCCUGGCAUGUAGGACACCUGAAUGAGUCCUUUCUGAAUACACUCUCUUGCACGAUGUAGCUUAAUCUGCAAGUACUUGGUCCUUUGCUUGCAACUCUCUGAGUUCAGCAAAGCCAAACACGAUCUAUUGUCUUGAUACACUUGUACAGGACAUUUCACAGAAACUCUGAUGUCCUUAAACAGUUGCAUCAACCAUUCACAAUCCAUGAGUGAAAAUGACAGAGCAUUGAGUUCUGCUUCACAGGAACUUAGGCUCACUGUCGUCUGCUUUUGCACAACCAGUCAAACAGGCAGUGGUUGUACAUGUAGCAUACUCCAGAAGUGCUUGUACCAUCCGUGGUGUCACUUCCAAAACUUGCAUCUGCAAAGAUUUCAAGACCUCCAGUCUUCUGACUGGUGAACCUCAGCCUGUAGUGCAUAGUCCCUUUCAAAUAGCGGGCUAUGCGCUUCAGAGCUUUCCAAUCCUGAACAGUAGGAUUGUUAGCAUGUCUGCUAAGCAGGUUACAGCUUACAGCUAUGUCAGGUCUUGAGCAUCCAGCAAUGAAAUUCAACUUGCCUAGAAUGCAUCUGUACAGCGUUGUGUCAGAAAACGCUUCAGCAGUACUAUCUACCUGGUAACCUGUCACCAUCGGUGUGUCUGCUGGGUUUGCAUCAGCCAAAUUCAACCUGGUUAAUACAUCAGCAAUUUUCUGUGUUUGGUGUACCAGAAAAUUACCUGCUUGGUCCCUCUCCACCUGCAGAGAAAGAUAGUUGGAUACCUCACCAAGAUCCUUCAUGUCAAAGUGCUCCUUCAGCUGAGCUAGGGUGCUUUGGUACAAAGCCUGAUUCUUCCAAAACAUCAGAAGAUCAUCAACAAAACAUAAACAAUACAGUUUGUUUUGCCCCUCCUCCUUGACAAACACACAUGGAUCAGCUUUGCCCUGGUGAAAACCUAGAGAAAGCAAUGUCUCAGUGAGUUUCGUGUUCCAACACCUGGCACUCUGCUUGAGACCAUAUAAUGAUUUCCGCAGUUUACAGACCAUUCCCUUCUGUAUCUGCAUCCCGUCAGGUGGAAGCAUAAACAGCUCCUCCCCCAGAAUCCCGUACAAAAAAGCUGUAUUAAUGUCAUGAUGGGAAACAUGCAGUUUCUCCUCUGCAGCUAUCUUGAGCAUCAGCCGAAUGCUCUCAUAUUUGACUGUGGGUGAAUAGGUCUCGUGGUAAUCCUGUCCUGGUACCUGUGAAAAACCUCUGGCAACCAAUCUGGCUUUGUGUCUGACAACCUUGCCAUUCUGGUCUGUCUUGGCCUUGAAGACCCAUUUGCUGCCAACCAGUCUCAUUCCUGGGACUACCGGUACCAACUCCCAAGUUUGGUUCCUGUUCAAGGAAUCAACUUCAGCCUUCAUGGCAUUAAGCCAAGGCUCAGCAUCUUUAGAGGUUAACUCCUGAACCUCUUUGAAGCUUGAAGGUUCCUAUACCUUCUCUGAGCUACUAAGAACAGCAGUUGCUGUCUUAGCAAACUCAUCAGCAAAUCUCUUUGGAGGUCUGCCCUUCGUGGCCCUCUCAGAUCUGCGUACUAGACGCAAGUCUUCUGGACUCAUCUCCUCUUUCUUAGGAGAAAAGCGACCAAUGGUGAACAGUUGUUCUUCCAGUUCAUUGUCAGACGCAUCAGAUGGUCUGACUGAGGCCUUCACGCUCUUGUAGUCUGCUGUGUCAUCACUGUCGCUGACAUCAGCAGCAGCGCCGCCCACUGAACUGGAAUCCGAACUCUGAUCAUCAUCGUCAUCAUCAUCCUCAGCAGCUUCCUCAGCUUUAGCUGCUUCUUUGACAUCACCUUCAUCCUCCUCUGGGUAACUCUGGAAAAUUCCCACAUUUUCCCCACUUAGGAUUGUACUCAACACUCUUUGUGAACUUAAUGGACUUAGAGUUGGUCAUCCAUACCCUGUAUGCACCUUUUUCGUACCCCAUGAACAAACCAUGUGCCCCACGCUUCCCAAGCUUGUUGCUUUGUGGGGUGUGUACCCACAUGUCAGAACCAAAGAUUCUCAUCUGUUUGAUGUUGGGUUUCUUACCAAACAUCUUCUCAUAGGGAGUACAACCAAUAGGUGAUGACAAUCUGCGAUUAAAAGUGUAAACAAAAUUUGACAGAGCCUCCCCCCAAAACUUAUCAGGGAGAUUGGCAUCAUGCAACAAUGUUUUCAUUCCUUGCAGCAACGUUUGAUUUGCUCGCUCCGCAAGCCCAUUCAUCCAUGGCGAUCUAGGCGUUGACAAGUCAUGCUGGAUUCCCUUCUCAGUCAGGAAAACUUCAAACUGCUGAGAAGUGAACUCCCCGCCUCGAUCAGUAAACAGACAGCCAAUACGUUUACCGUGAACAUUUUCCAACCAAGCACAGAAUGCCUUGAACCUAGGAAACGCUUGCGAUUUCUGCUCGAGCAUAAACACAUGAAUGUACCUGGAAAAAGAAUCAAUUAGAACCAUGAAGUACCUUGCUCCACCCAAAGAGGGCGCAAGUGGACCAACCAGGUCUGCGUGCACUAGCUGGUAGGGUUUGGAAGCCUGCCUGCUAGACUCCUUGCCUUUUGGAGCAACCUUCACCUUGUUCUCUGCACAAGAUACACAUUUCAUGUGAAACUUACAGGGUUUGAUGUUCAAACCCUCAACCAUCUCUGGCAUCUUGGCCAGUGCCUUCCAAGAGAGGUGGCAAAACCUUCUGUGUGCAUCGUGAAUGCAUCCUGCAUGAAGAACUUUGUUAGUUUGUGCAACACAACAAGAAUCAACAUUAGACACAACAGCACCAAUGUCAUCAUAAGUUAUACAGAACAAGCCAUCCAUAAACUUUGCAUGCAAAAUGUCCUCUUUGCCUUUUCUGAUGACACAGACGCUCCUCUUGAAGGAAAUCUCAAAACCACGCCCAGUAAGCUGUGGGACACUGAGCAAAUUGUCUGCAGCACCUGGAACAUAAAGUACAUCUCUGAUGGUAGUGUGCAGACUUGCCAGUUUCACAGUCCCGACUCCUGCGAUCCGCAACGUCUUUCCGUCAGCCAGGUGGAUCUCACCUUCUUGAGGUUUGAAGGAGAUAAAGAGAUGGCGGUCUUUUGAGACAUGGCGGGUACUCCCUGAAUCAACAACAAACCUGGCUUUGGCCUUUGGAGCAGUCUUUCUGGCAAGCAAAACCUUGUUUUCCACCGGCGUGGGCUUUUGCAGCUUGCCCCCCUGCUCCUGGCCAUCAGACUUGCCUUUAGCCUUUGGUGAAGCUGUGCCAGUAAACAAAACCUUGUUUUCCUCUGGCGUGGGCUCUUCACCCUCCCUCUGCUUCUGGCCAUCUGCAGGCGUCUGCCUCUGUUUACCUUUGCCCUUCCGGCCUCUGCAAAGGCGAUGACCUUGGCUCCCAUGAGAAACAGAGCUGUCAGCUGCCGACUCCUUGGCUCCCCCUGGAGGCUGGAAUGCUGCCUGGGAUGACGUGACAGUCAGCUCCCCCUGCAGCUUGCAACCGGUGCCCUCGGAAUCCCGGCAUUCACUCGCAUUCGGGGAAACAGCCAGGACCUCCGAUGCAGUCAAACUCUGGGCUGGGAUGACUGGCAAAUGGGCUAUCUUCAAAGCAUGCCACAUCUUACGUGCAGUCACAUUGCCAGCAAGCGUUUUUAUUUCCUCCAGAGAGACGGACAAGACUAUUACGUCUAUCGCCUUCAAAUUUUCGGCCUUCCAUCUAUCUGUCAGAGGAACUGGAGGGGCCUCACACACAGUAUGCCACACUCCAAACUGACGCAGCAAACUCUCACACCACACAGCCCAGGUCCCAUAAUUGUGCCAAUUUAACUUUGGGCACUCAGCAGCCUGGAAAAACUCCAUUCCAGCUUUUUAUUUGAGCCUGAGUCUUAUUCACUUCAGAGACUCCUUAUCUUGGCUCCCAUUAAUCACGAAGCCUUUGGCGCGGCUCCCAGAUCCAAUUAGGCCUGCCGGACAUCAAAGGGACUUUGCCGCGGCAACGAAAAGCCUCACUUUCGCUUUUCCUCCACAUACCUUUCAGCAGUCUGUCGCAGUCUUACUCUCCUGUAAGUGCCGUGAAUCUGGGCCCGAAACCUGUUGUUGGGAUACUGCCAGGGAGAUAAAGUCCAUCAUGGCCCCCAAGCCGUCUGCCGGACGAUCCAUCGACCUCCCGUAGGCACGCAGCGACAUGAGUUUCUAGAAAAUAUCUAUCUAUAGCUUAUAUCUUUCUCAACAACAACAACAACAAAUUUAUUAAAUUUGUGAGGUCCAUGCCUUUACACAAAAUACCAUAAAACAUUAUUAAAAAAAUAAACCAAAAAGAUUAUAAAAGUAAGCUAAAAUUCAUGCCAUGUUGUCCCAGCAAGGAAACUACCCAAAAAACCCCACCAUUCAAGGAAGAAGGUUCAGCAACAGGUUAGGAGAGCAAUGGGAGGGACCUCACCAUUUCAUCCAGGAACCAUACCCUAGUUUUCAUAGCCUUCACCACAAAGACCGCUACCACGUGAGAAAUCCGUGGAUCAGCGUCUACCAGUAAAAACUUUACUUGGUCCUCAGAGUUGACUAUUGAUUUAGGUAUAGUUUGUAACAUCGCAUCCCUGAAGGCCGAAUAGAUGGGACAAUACAACAUGUAAUGUAUGAGAUCCUCUUUGGUUCUCAUAUAACAAGGACAUAUCCGCUGCUCUACUGGGAUUUUUGCAUAUCUGCCUGACAGAUAGGCCGUAGGAAUGGUUUGAAAACGGGCCAUAGUAAAGGCUCUCCGAAGAGUGGGAUUGGUGAUAUUCGCCAAGUAGUUGGCGCAGAUUUUGACUGCUUUCAGUCGGGGAGCCAGUGGGAGGACCCUGGGAUCUGUAUUUUUGUGGUAUCUAACAGAGCGUCUCUCUCCAGGAUCCAUUUCCGGACUUUGUCCGGGCUCCACCGUUUGAGGAUAUUAAACUCCGGUAGGGUGUAUCUAACCAGGAUCUCAGAUAAGUUUUGGCGCCAAGUGGUAUUCUUUUGAAAAGAUACGAAGGCUUGUUUGGCCAAUAAGGUGUUUGAAGAGUUUGCAAGGUUGAUGUAAAAUCGUAGGAAUCUUAGGUGGGCCCUGGCAGACACAGAGGGUAAACCAACCUCCACCCUCAAGAAGGCUGCUGGGGUUCCUUGAGGAAGGCCUAGAAUCUUCUUGAGAUAGUAGUUUUGCAAAAUUUCAAGCCGUUCCAACAGCCUCUGGUUCCACCCCAGAGUUCUAUCCCAUAUAACAUCUGGGGAAUAGCUUUCCCAGCGAAGCUCUUAAUGCAGGAUCACCAAUUGUCCUCCCUGGUAUGGAAGAAACUAAGCAAAACACCAAUUGUUCUUCGUGUUAGGAUGGUUACAGCCUUAAAGUGGGCUAGCCAGCUAGAUGUAGCCUGGAAUGUAACACCCAGAUAUUUAAAAAAGGGCACUGUUCAAUCACUUGUUCAUCUAAAGACCAUCUAAAGGUGUGGCGAGCUCUAGUAAACACCACAAUUUUUGUUUUAUCAUGGUUUAUCUUUAGUGAAUUAUGGGAACAGUAGGCUGCGAUCCCCUCCAGCAUGCUGCGUAAGCCUCUUCGGGUGAGUGCCAUUAAAACCAUGUCAUCGGCAUAUAGCAAAAUAUUCAGGCGUUUACCUUCAAGGGCUGGAGCCGAUGACUUGUACUUUGCCAUGUACUGGACAAUGUCGUUUAUAUAAAAGUUGAAAAGAAAUGGGGCUAGCAGGCAUCCCUGUUUGACCCCUUUCCCCAAUGGCAGUGGGUCCGUAAGAGUUCCCGAUGGCCCAGUUCUGAUUUUGACUGUAAUGUCUGUAUGUAACUCUCUGAGAAUUUUUAAAAGUCGUCUGUCAAUGUCCGUUUCAUAUAAUUUUUCCAUAGUCUAUCUCUACAGAUUGAGUCGAAGGCAGAUGUCAAGUCUACGAAGGCCACAAAGAGUCUGCUCUUAUACGCUUUUGCAUAUUUAGCUACCAGGGUCUGUAGUACCAUACAGUGACCUAUCGUAUUGUGGCCCUUUCUAAAUCCUGCCUGUUCCUGGUUGAACAGGUUAGAAUGGUCCGCCCAAUCUACCAGCUUGUUUAAUAGGUACCGGGUAUAAAGUUUGUAUGCGAUGUCCAGAAGGCUUAUAGGGCGGUAGUUUGCUGGAUCUUGAAUGUCUCCUUCUUAUAGAUAGGGACUACCACACUUAGUUUCCAAUUUGCUGGGAUUUUACAUGUGUUGUUCAAUGACGUAAAAAGUUUGGCCAAAAGAUGGCCCACCAUUGGGCAUUUAAUUUAAAAACCUCAGGGGAUCAUGUCCUCGCCAGGAGCUUUGCCAUUUUUAAAGUUUUAAUUAGCUGUAGGCACUCUGAUUCCGUAACAGGAUCCCAACUAACUAGAUGCUCAUUCUUCAAUGGGAGGAGCGGACUCAAAUUAGCAGUAUUUGAGAGUGUGUAUAGCUUGAGAAAGUGUUGAUACCACACUUCGGAUGGAAUACUGCUGUUUAUAAUUUUUCCUUUGGAUGAGACUCCCUGUGCUACUAUUGCCCAGAAUUUUCUAUCGUCUCGCGAUUUAAUCGCCUUAUCAAGUGCCUCCCAUUGUUUCUUCCUGUAAAGGGAUUUCUUGAGUUUUAAGGUGUAUUUAUAGUGAGAGCGCCAUCUGUGGAAAUUUACCAUAGAUGACAAAGUCCUCUCCUGUUUUACCUUAUUUUGUUGUUUCCUAAGCAGGGAUCUUAGCUUCCGGCAGUCUUUGUCAAACCAGGCCCCGAUUUGUUAUGUUGUAUGGGAGGCCUGGUGUUUAUAAGAAAUGGGAAAAGGGACUCUGAGACCCGCUGAUAUAGUGAAAAAGGAUCAAAGUUAGGUAAAGGACACUGGUCUCUCAGAACCAAUAGAUCUGGAGAGUGCAGGUGUUGAUUAAUUUUAAGCUCCAGCUCGCUGUUCCAUUUACGCCUGCGUGGGGCCGGUGCUUGAGGAGGGGCUGCACAAUGUAGAUGUUGUAAUCCCCCUGAUUCAAGGGGAGUUAGUGAGAUUGCUCUAGGAAGAUGGUUGCUCUCAAUUCUAUUAAAAGUGCUGAGACCCUGUACCCUCUCCAAAAUUGUUGGAGAGACCAGGAUAUGGUCAAUCACACUUGCACCACAAGGGCCGAUAAAAGAGAAGAAACCUCCUGACCUGUCCAUGUAAGUACCAUGCAGGUUGUACAGAUUAUGCUUAAAAGCAAUCUCCAGUAAUGUAAUACCUGCCUUGUUCAAGACCUUUUCAUCAGAACUCCAAGGGAUAAGCCAGUCUGCCUCUGGUAGAAACUGGGUUUUGGAGCUAUACGAAUUGAUGUCGCUGCCUAUCCUGGCAUUAAAGUCACCUGCCAGCAGGAUGUUCCAGUCAGGGAAUUCUAUUUUGGCCUUCUCCAAGCAUGACUCCAAAUCUUCCCAGAUUUGUACUGUCUGAGAGGAAGUACACACGGGGGAUAUAGACGUUGAAACAUAGAAGAUCUCCUCCUGUGUUAUUGGAGAUAAGUAAAAUCUGAAAAUUGUUGUUCUUCAUCCACUGCAGUUGUCGCACCCUGUACCCUUGCUCUAUAGGAAUAAAAGUGACCAAACCGCCGCUAGGUCGGCCACGGUUAUUUAGUUUUUCGCAGGGGUAGCAAAAGCCGCAUAGCCCUGUAAGUAAGGGGGAUGAGAGUCUAGGCACCAGGUCUCUUGUAGACAAAUAAUCUGGAAUUUUGAGAGAAAAUCCAGAAAAUCAGCAGCGCCCUGCUUAGACAGCCAGCCCGCCACAUUCCACGAUAAGAUGUGAAAAUAUGGUGGUGAGGGGAACAAAGGUAGACUUCUCCGUUUGUUCUUUAGGAUGAUGGAAUGAAUGUUUUUGUAGAGGUGGAGUGA